CACAGAGGGACAAUACUAUGCAUUAAUUAGGGAUGUGAUGACAGGUAUGUGACCUGAUAGCAAAGUACCAGUUAGAGGCAAGAUGUAGGGAUCCUGGUAUCUGUGUAUUGCAAUUUGAAGAGAGGUAUGUGUCCUGAUAUCUGUGUGUUAGAAUAGGAAGGUAUGUGUCCUGAUAUCUGUGUGUUAGAAUAGGAGACGUAUGUGUCCUGAUAUCUGUGUGUUAGAAUAGGAAGGUAUGUGUCCUGAUAUCUGUGUGUUAGAAUAGGAAGGUAUGUGUCCAGAGAUCUGUGUAUUAGAAUAGGAGACGUAUGUGUCCUGAUAUCUGUGUGUUAGAAUAGGAAGGUAUGUGUCCUGAUAUCUGUGUGUUAGAAUAGGAAGGUAUGUGUCCAGAGAUCUGUGCAUUAGAAUAGGAGACGUAUGUGUUCUGAUAUCUGUGUAUUAGAAUAGGAAAGUAUGUGUCCUUAUAUCUGUGUAUUAGAAUAGGAGAAGUAUAUAUCCUGAUAUCUGUGUUUUACAAUAGGAGACGUAUGUGUCCUGAUAUCUGUGUAUUAGAAUAGAAGAGGUAUGUAUCCUGAUAUCUGUGCAUUAGAAUAGGAGAGGUAUGUAUCCUGAUAUCUGUGUAUUAGAAUAGGAAAGUAUGUGUCCUGAUAUCUGUGUAUUAGAAUAGGAGAGGUAUGUGUCCUGAUAUCUGUGUAUUAGAAUAAGGUGAGAGGUAUGUGAUCUGAUAUCUGUGUAUUAGAAGAGGAGACGUAUGUGUCCUGAUAUCUGUGUAUUAGAAUAUGAAGGUAUGUGUCCUGAUAUCUGUGUAUUAGAAUAGGAGAGGUGUGUGUCCAGAUGUCUGCUAUUGCAAUAAGAAGAGAGGUAAGUGUCCUAAAAUAUAUGCUUUAGAAUACGGUGAGAAGUACUAUGCGAUCUGAUAUCUGUGUAUUAGAAUAAGGUGAGAGGUAUGUGAUCUGAUAUCUGUGUAUUAGAAUAUGAGAGGUAUGUGCCCUGAUAUCUGUGUAUUAGAAUAAGAUGAGAGGUAUGUGAUCUGAUAUCUGUGUAUUAGAAUAAGGGGAGAGGUAUGUGAUCUGAUAUCUGUGUAUUAGAAUAAGGUGAGAUGUAUAUGCCCUGAUAUCUGUGUAUUAGAAUAGGAGAGGUAUGUAUCCUGAUAUCUGUGUAUUAGAAUAGGAGAGGUAUGUGAUCUGAUAUCUGUGUAUUAGAAUAGGAGAGGUAUGUAUCCUGAUAUCUGUGUAUUAGAAUAGGAGAGCUAUGUGAUCUGAUAUCUGUGUAUUAGAAUAGGAGAGGUAUGUAUCCUGAUAUCUGUGUAUUAGAAUAGGAGAGGUAUGUGAUCUGAUAUCUGUGUAUUAGAAGAAAGUGAUAGGUAGGUGUCCAUAUGCAUGUCUGUGUAUCUGGUGCUCCUGGGAGGUAUAUGCUUUAUUGUCUGUAAAUUAGGAAGACAUGAAGGUGUGUGUCCCCUUAUAUAUGUGUGUUAGGAGAUUGCAGGAUGUAUAUGUAUAUUGUAUAAGGACCAGGUAAAAAGUAUUCUGAUGUCCGUGCAUUAGGAAUAUGGAAGACGUACCUGUCAUGAUGACUGUGAAUUAUGGGAAUGUAAGAGUUUUAUGUCCUUAUAUCUGUGUAGUAGAAAGAUGGGAGAGGUAAGUGUCCUGAAAUCUGUGUAUUAGAAAGAGGGGAGAGGUAUGGGUCCUAAAAACUGUGUAUUAGAAAUAGGGGAGAGGUAAGGGUCCUGAAAUCUGUGUAUUAAAUAGAGGACGAGAGGUAAGUGUCCUGAUAUCUGUGUAUUAGAAAGAGGGGAGAGGUAAGUGUCCUGAUAUCUGUGUAUUAGAAAGAGGGGAGAGGUAAGUGUCCUGAUAUCUGUGUAUUAGAAAGAGGGGAGAGGUAAGUGUCCUGAAAUAUGUGUAUUAGAAAGAGGGUAGAGGUAAGUGUUUUGAUAAAUGUGUAUUAGAAAGAGGGGAGAGGUAAGGGUACUGAUAUAUGUGUAUUAGAAAGAAAGGAGAGGUAAGAGUUCUGACACAUUUUUAUUAGAAGGGGGGAGAGGUAAGUGAAUAAAAUGAAGGGGAAAGGUAAGUGUCCUUAUAUUUGUGUAUUACAAAGAGGGGACAGGUAACUAUCCUGAUAUAAGGCUGUGUAUUAGAAAGGAGUGUGUUAAGUAGCUGCCUGUGUAUUAGAGGUAAAUGUAUGUAUCUUACCUAGAGAUUUAAGGCAAUGGGUGAAAUGACUCUGGGUAAAAAACUUAACAGGAACUGUGACAUUCAGCUUCACCUGCAAAGUCAUUCAUUUUUCACCCAUAGUGCCAUAUGGGAACAGGAGUUAUAACCGCAUUCAAUGCGCUACACUGAAAGUAUGCAGAUCUCUGCAAGACACUUCAUUCUGAGUCUUCCGAUUUUCCAUUAUUUAUCCAAAAACAUAUAAUCGCAUAUAUAAGGCACUCAAGGUAACAUUGGUCAGUGUUUUUUGUAGAUCCUUACUUUAUUUAUAUAUUUCUUUUGCAAGGUGUCAUAAUAAUACAAUUUGAACCUAAAUAACGUUUUGCAAUCCCUCACAUUUAUUUCUAAACUUUCUAAGAGCCCUCUAAACUUUCUCCAAUGCAGAGAGAGGUAAAACUGUGUUUGCCACACAUUUCAGUUUAACUAGAACUGUGAUAUCUGAGAUUGGAAUAGUAUUUAGGGUUUGGGGUCCUUUAACAUUGGGGUUUUACGGUUAGUUACGGGAGGUGUUUAAGCUUAAUGUUAAGGAUAAGGUUAAGGAGCAGUGUUCGGGGAUAAUAUUUACAGUUAGAGUUAUAUUUAAGAUGUAUGUGUCUAUUGAAUAAAUCAAUAGUAUUAACAGGACUUAGUGGAAAUGGAACUUAAGGAUAAAAAUAUCUUAAUAAAUUGUAAAAUAUAACUGUAUCAGCUAAUCGGAUCAAUACCUCCCACAUACAAGGGUAGGGGAAACCGAGAAUCGCUAAAAAACUUAAUAUAGUAAUGGUUCUAGAACACCAAUGUGAGAGAAACUAUACAAAUAAAAUAAAAUAAGAUAAAUCAGAAAAUGGAUAAAUGACUCUUAUCCCCUCAGGGGGUUAAAAGUCCUUGAAAUAGUGUCAAAUAUAUAGUGUAGCAGACAGAGUGCUUAUUCCAAAUGAUUUUAUUGGCACAUUAAUACUGUCAGUACAAUACACACAUAUAUAAAAGACUCAUAAGUAAAAUAUCAAAAUGUCCCAAGUGAAAAAAGCAAAGAGUACCAGGUAUGUAGACUGAGGGUCCAAUAUUGUUCGUAACUCUCUCUCACUGGCCGGUGAGUGAGUGUGGACCUCCUCGUGCUGAAUCAACACUGGCUGUAAGCCGCGUGCGUUCCACUGUGGUUCUGGAUGCGUUCCAGUCUGCUAUCACUCGGGAAUCUGUGUAGGAUGCUGCCUUACGCGUUUCGUGAUCAUAGGAUCACUUCAUCAGAGGUGAAGCCAGUGUUGAUUCAGCACGCAGAGGUCCACACUCACUUUUAUCCAGCCGGUGAGAGAGAGUUAUGAACAAUAUUGGACCCUCAGUCUACAUACCUGGUACUCUUUCCUUUUUUACUUGGGACAAUUUAACAUUUUACUUAUGAGUUUUAAAUAUGUGUGUAUUGUACUGACAGUAUAAAUGUGCCAAUAAAAUCGUUUGGAAUAAGCACUCAGUCUGCAACAAUAUAUAAUUGACACUAUUUCAAGGACUUUUAACCCCCUGAGGGGUUUUAUCCAUUUUCUGAUGUAUCUUAUUUUAUUUGUAUAGGUUCUCUCACAUUGGUGUUCUAGAACCAUUACUAUAUUAAUUUUUCAGCGAUUCUCGGUUUCCCCUACCCUUGUAUGUGGCAGGUAUUGAUCCGAUUAGCUGAUACAUUUAUAUUUUACAAUUUAUUAAGAUAUUUUUAUCCAUAAGUUCCAUUUCCACUAAGUCCUGUUAAUACUAUUGAUUUAUUCAAUAGACACACACCUUGUAUCCUCUUUAACCGCAGGUGGCGGCUAUUUUUGCAGUGAUUAAGUGGUUAUGGUAGUUGUAUUUGGUCUCAUUUCCCAACUUUAAAGGUAAUUCAUCAUUACAACUGGUGUUCACCUAUUAAGUUAGAGUUAUAUUUAAGACUAUAAAUUAAAUUUGUGGAUGAUAUUUAGAUCAAAGGGUUGCGCUAAACAUUAUGUUUAAUUAUAGUAUUUCGAUUUUGAAAGAUAACGGAAACAUUUAGUGUAAAGAUAAUGGUUUGGGGUACAAUUUUAGAUUGCGGCAUAGUAUUUCAAGUCAGGUUUAACAAUAGCAUUUGGGUUAGAAUUGAAUAUAUAACUAGGGGUAGAAUGUAGGAUUAGAGGUCACAUUUAGGGCUACAUUUAGAGAUGGGUUUUAGGGCUUGGGUUACAGGUGAUACGUAUGGGUACACUAGGGUUGAGGUAAUAGACAGAACUGACAUUCAGGGUUUAGUAUUUGGUAUUUAUGGUUUACCUAAAUAUUUAUAUUUGGGAUUAGCGAUAAAAGUUAGAGGGUGUAUUUAGGGUAUGGGCAGUAUUUAAGGUUAAGAUUAGCGACAUAAGUUAGGGUUAGGAAUCAUAGAUAGGUUUUGUUAAGUUAUUCUGCAUCUGUAAAGGAAAUACAGGGAGAAAAUGGAAAAGAAAAGAAACAAAAUAGAAUGAACAAGAGAACAAUAUGAAAGGAGAGAUAGCUGGGAAAAAAAGAUUGUGCCGCAAUGUUGAAGAGAGCAAGCGGUAAGGAGAGCCAUGGGCAGGAAAAGAGAGCACAGCUAAAAUGUGGAGGAAUGGAAAAAAAUAUUGAGUUAAAUAAAGAGAGACAGAGAGAGCUGUGGAAAAGUUAAGAGAGCAUGUAGAAGAAAGAAAGAGAGGUAUGGCGAGCAAGUGAAAAGAAGAGAAGAGCAACGGCACAACUAGAACAUGGAAGAAACAGAUGGACAUUGAAGAUAAAAGAGGAGUAUUGAGAAGAAGACAAACGAGGAAAGGAUGGAUACGAGUAAGAGAGCGUUGGUGGGAACAGUGGAACAAAGAGCACAAUAGGUUAGGAAAUCAACAGAUCAACGUAAAAGAAGGAAAUAAAGGAUGGGUCUGAUAUAGGAGAGCAAAGAGAAGAAGUUCAGAUGGCAAAAGAAAAGAGGGAGAGAACAUGGAAGAGAAGAAGUAAGAUAAUGGAAUGAGGAAGCUGUGAAUUGAAAGAGGAUGUAGAUAUUGGAGGGCAGCAUGGGAAAGCUACAGGGAGUGCAGAAUUAUUAGGCAAGUUGUAUUUUUGAGGAUUAAUUUUAUUAUUGAACAACAACCAUGUUCUCAAUGAACCCAAAAAACUCAUUAAUAUCAAAGCUGAAUAUUUUUGGAAGUAGUUUUUAGUUUGUUUUUAGUUAUAGCUAUGUUAGGGGGAUAUCUGUGUGUGCAGGUGACUAUUACUGUGCAUAAUUAUUAGGCAACUUAACAAAAACAAAUAUAUACCCAUUUCAAUUAUUUAUUAUUACCAGUGAAACCAAUAUAACAUCUCAACAUUCACAAAUAUACAUUUCUGACAUUCAAAAACAAAACAAAAACAAAUCAGUGACCAAUAUAGCCACCUUUCUUUGCAAGGACAUCCAUGGAUUCUGUCAGUGUUUGAUCUGUUCACCAUCAACAUUGCGUGCAGCAGCAACCACAGCCUCCCAGACACUGUUCAGAGAGGUGUACUGUUUUCCCUCCUUGUAAAUCUCACAUUUGAUGAUGGACCACAGGUUCUCAAUGGGGUUCAGAUCAGGUGAACAAGGAGGCCAUGUCAUUAGAUUUUCUUCUUUUAUACCCUUUCUUGCCAGCCACGCUGUGGAGUACUUGGACGCGUGUGAUGGAGCAUUGUCCUGCAUGAAAAUCAUGUUUUUCUUGAAGGAUGCAGACUUCUUCCUGUACCACUGCUUGAAGAAGGUGUCUUCCAGGAACUGGCAGUAGGACUGGGAGUUGAGCUUGACUCCAUCCUCAACCCGAAAAGGCCCCACAAGCUCAUCUUUGAUGAUACCAGCCCAAACCAGUACUCCACCUCCACCUUGCUGGCGUCUGAGUCGGACUGGAGCUCUCUGCCCUUUACCAAUCCAGCCACGGGCCCAUCCAUCUGGCCCAUCAAGACUCACUCUCAUUUCAUCAGUCCAUAAAACCUUAGAAAAAUCAGUCUUGAGAUAUUUCUUGGCCCAGUCUUGACGUUUCAGCUUGUGUGUCUUGUUCAGUGGUGGUCGUCUUUCAGCCUUUCUUACCUUGGCCAUGUCUCUGAGUAUUGCACACCUUGUGCUUUUGGGCACUCCAGUGAUGUUGCAGCUCUGAAAUAUGGCCAAACUGGUGGCAAGUGGCAUCGUGGCAGCUGCACGCUUGACUUUUCUCAGUUCAUGGGCGGUUAUUUUGCGCCUUGGUUUUUCCACACGCUUCUUGCGACCCUGUUGACUAUUUUGAAUGAAACGCUUGAUUGUUCGAUGAUCACGCUUCAGAAGCUUUGCAAUUUUAAGAGUGCUGCAUCCCUCUGCAAGAUAUCUCACUAUUUUUGACUUUUCUGUGCCUGUCAAGUCAUUCUUUUGACCCAUUUUGCCAAAGGAAAGGAAGUUGCCUAAUAAUUAUACACACCUGAUAUAGGGCGUUGAUGUCAUUAGACCACACCCCUUCUCAUUACAGAGAUGCACAUCACCUAAUAUGCUUAAUUGGUAGUAGGCUUUCGAGCCUAUACAGCUUGGAGUAAGACAACAUGCAUAAAGAGGAUGAUGUGGUCAAAAUACUCAUUUGCCUAAUAAUUCUGCACUCCCUGUAUGAGGGAAGCAAUCGAGAGCAGAGGAACAUCAUGAAGUGGUUUUGAAGUAACAUGGUACAAUGGAGAUUUGAAGAUCACUCCGAACUAUAUAUUCUCUUGAGAAAAUGUUGCCUAUUAGGGUAUCGUCUUAUUUAAAAGGCCAAGAAAUAAAAUGGACUUCUGGAUAACUCCAUUUCUGAUCCUAUCUGCAUGGUGACAUACUGGCCUGGGUGUUGCCAUCUUAAAUCACCAUAAUGAUACCACACAGAGACUUUUCUUGCUGCACUACAUCUUGGCCACUUCUUAGCUAAGUCCAGUUGUUUGUGUGGAAAGUUUGAUGACAAUGCUAGAAAGUGGGGCAAUCAAAUACAGAACGUCUCUUCUGAUCCGAACAUCUGGGAGAAAUUCUACUUCAACGAUGUAGGAACAAGCUGGAUGAGGAACAUCAGAACUUGGUUUUCAAGUCCACAGAGUAAGAAAGGUUUUUACGAAAAGCAUUACACGAAAACACACAUAAAACAUUUCUGUAGAUUCAUCAUAUUCUAUGAUAAUUCAAACAGUGAUUGAACUAAAUAAUACACAAUUCACUUUUUGUAAAUUACUCCACAGUUUUCUUUUUACUAUUUAGUAAUGCUUCUGUAACGUCAAGACAUGCCUACGUUGUUACAUCAUACAAAGUAACUAUGAUCGGUAUAUAAAGUCAGCAUAUGGAUGGAGGCGCAUUUGGUGGUUUGUGGCAAGUUGAACAAGUAGCAAGCACAAAAAUGAUAAAACAUGAAAACAAGAAACCAUGGGUGCAAUAUGUUCUUUACUCCCCUUGUGGGCAUGUUUGGAACUGAGGGUAAAAAUGUACUCUGUGACUGAAAUGAAUUUGAAUGCUUUUUAUUUCCGCAAUUUGCUUCCAAGGUCUUUUUUCUCCAUAACUGCAAAUUCCCGUCACUAUACUUUACACACACUUAUCAUUUCACACCACAUCUAUUAUAACUCACAUCUAAUUGACCUCUCCAAAGCCCACACUCCCAAAACUAUAGUCUUUCAUGAAAGCUACUGACAGAUCUGCGUUCCUCACCCACCACUCCACACACGUCUGCAAUUUCUCAUCCUUUCCUUAUUGUCCCACAUCCCUCAGGAUCCAAUUCAAAAUACUAAGCUACAAAGCUAUCAACAAGUCUGCUUCUCAUUAUACAUUCAUUCACUAAGUCAAUCCACUGUACCGCCAACUGUCUUUCGUUUUCAGUUCACACUUACAUUGUUAAUUCUCACCAUCAGGAUUUCUCUGUGGAAGCAUCAUCCCUAAGGAACAACUAACCUCAUUUUCUCUGACCUCCUCAAGUUUCUAAUCCUUUAAGAAAUCUCUCAUAACUCAUCUCUUCUGGCAAGUUUAAAAUCUCAUUAGAACAUCCCUUUAGGGACACUCCACUGACCAAAAAAAAAAAAUGGAAUAGUAACCAAAAUCACUAUUUAGUAGAUAUGCCCCAAUUGAAAAAAGAAACAUACCUGUAUUUAAUUAUGCAUUUUAUCCUUAGGGUAUAUCUACAACAGCUUGUAAGAGCUGCAGAACUCUUGUCUGCAACAUUUGCAAGUCCUCCCCUUCUUCCCCAGCUUAGACUUUCUGUGUCUGUCCAAUCACAGACUUCCCAAUGCAGCUCAAUGAUAAGUCUUUGCAACACAACACAGGUGCUCUGGGCAAUUGCUGCCUCUUGAGUUAAAAUGACAGGAAGUAACAGGGCCUGUUAUCUUAUUGACAGCCAGGUGCUGUAACUAGGUUCAUUUAUAAAAAUACCAAUCUCUCUUAAAAUCUGCACUUUUUGUAAAAAUUAAAAAAAGAGCACACACUCUUCACAUAUAAAGCACAUCAGCAAGCUAGAGUGCUUAAGGGGUUUGAAGUGUCCCUUUAGAAAGCGUUGCCUUCAAUUAUUAUUGGGCAGUAACUCAAUUUUGCACAAUGUACUUUAUAAUAAAUUCCACUUCACAAGUUUCCUAUGAACAUCUUAUUCAAUGAGAUAGAGGCUUUGCACCUAGUGAUAUUAUCCCACUUUUUCAAAUGUUCUUCCCUCGUAGUGAGAGUUAGAGUAACCACAAAAUAGACCAGGCUAGUGCCUAGAGACUGUAGAAGUAUUUGUCAUCAUCUCCUUGGACCUCCUGGACUACAGCUCUCCAUAUAGGGUUUACCCAAUCCAAGGACAUCAUGAUGUAUUUUUUUGGCGUGGGUUGGUAAUUAUGGAAAAAGGAGACUCAUCAUCACAUCAUCAUCAUUCAUCAUCACAUUUCUGAUAAAGAGGCACCACGUAAGCCCGCUCGAUCCUGUCCCAUCUCACCUCAUCAGAUCUCUCUCUCCUUGUCUUGUGCCUACCCUAACACACAUCUUUAACUGCUCUCUCUCUUCUGGCACUGUUCCUGCUGACCUUAAACAUGCCACUGUAAUACCUAUCCUGAAAAAAACAUCUCUUGACCCAUCCUCCCCUUCUAACUAUCGUCCCAUAUCCCUGCUCCCUUUCUCAUCAAAGCUUUUGGAAAGGCUUGUCUUUACCCGUGUGUCCCGCUUCCUUAAUUCCAACUCUCUCCUUGACCCUCUUCAGUCUGGCUUCCGCCCUCUCCACUCUACUGAGACUGCUCUUAUCAAAGUCACUAAUGACCUAAUCUCCGCUAAAUCCAAAGGUCAUUACUCCAUAUUAAUUCUCCUUGACCUCUCUGCUGCCUUUGACACCGUUGAUCAUGCUCUCCUCCUUCAAACUCUUCAAUCGCUCGGUCUCUGUGACUCGGUCCUCUCUUGGUUUUCCUCCUAUCUCUCCCAACGCUCAUUCAGUGUCUCCUUUUCCAAGGAUACCUCCUCCACUCGUCCUGUCUCGGUUGGGAACUCCAACCAAGGGUCUGUCCUUGGUCCCCUUCUAUUUUCUCUUUAUACCGCCUCUCUUGGUAAACUGAUUGCCUCUUUUGGAUUCCACUACCACCUGUACGCUGAUGACACUCAGAUAUACCUCUCCUCCCCGGACCUCUCCCCUGCUGUCCUGCAGCGUGUCACUGCUUGCCUUUCUUCCAUCUCUGACUGGAUGUCUUCACGCUUUCUGAAACUUAACCUCUCUAAAACUGAACUCCUUGUCUUUCCUCCCCCUAAUACUGAUCCUCCUCUCUCGCUCUCCCUUCAAGUCAGUGAUAUCCACAUAAGUCCAUCCCUGCAAGCGCGCUGUCUUGGCGUCAUACUUGACUCUGGUCUCACCUUCGAGUCUCACAUCCAGUUUGUUGCCAAGUCCUGUAGGUUCCAACUCAAAAACAUAGCCCGCAUUCGCCCCUUUCUUACGCAAGAUGCUACCAAGGAGCUUGUCCACGCUCUAGUAAUUUCCCGCAUGGAUUACUGUAACCCUCUCCUGAUUGGUCUCCCCAAAAGUCGUAUUGCCCCGCUACAGUCUGUAAUGAAUGCUGCAGCUAGACUGAUUUUCCUCUCUAGUCGGUCCUCUCACACCUCACCCCUCUGCCGGUCCUUACAUUGGCUCCCUGUAUGCUAUAGGAGUCAAUUCAAAGUGCUAACCCAUACAUUUAAAGCACUGAACAGUUCUAGCCCCGCUUAUAUCUCUUCACUGAUCCAUAAAUAUGCCCCUCCACGUACCCUCCGCUCUGCCCGUGACCACCUCCUGACCGCUGCUCGCACCCGUACGGCCAACUCGCGCUUGCAGGACCUCUCGCGGGCGGCUCCUCUCCUAUGGAAUAGCUUGCCUACUGCCAUCAGACUCUCCCCUAGUCUUCAAUCAUUUAAGAAGGGCCUUAAAACCCAUCUCUUCAGGAAAGCUUAUGGCCUCCCAGAGUAAUCUCUACCUUACAUACCUGCCUCCUGCUCUCUCCUAUGGGACAGUGCUUUGCUCUCUCCUCCAGCUCUGCUUCACUCCUACUUGAUAUUUAUUGUCCUAAUGUUUCAAACACCCCACCUCCAAUAGUCUGUAAGCUUGUUUGAGCAGGGUCCUCUUCAACCUAUUGUUCCUGUAAGUUUUCUUGUAAUUGUCCUAUUUAUUGUUACACCCCCCCUCUCAAAAUAUUGUAAAGCGCUACGGAAUCCGUUGGCGCUAUAUAAAUGGCAAUAAUAAUAAUAAUAAUAACUAAUGAAUUAUAUUUGGGACGCUAUAUAAGUAACCACUAUCCACAACAGCAUUACAAUACAAGGAAUAAAUUGACUUUAAAUACUGAGGCUUGAUUUAAAAUAAUAAAAAAAUAAGAAUUUGUAUUAAUUACUUAUCAUUAAUAUUUAUUUAUUCUACCAUUGCACCCAAAAAUUUCUGAAUCCACUGUGGUUUGCAACUUUGCUACGUCUGUAGAUUUAAUUCUGUACACCACAUGGCCUGUGUGGAACACACUGUAUACAUCUUAGUAUGUAUAAACUUAUUUUAAAAACUUAAUUUUCCACUGAGCUGCAGAAGGUAUCACAAGAGUACCUAAAGGCAGCUCUUAGGAUAAAAUAAGAAUAUAGGGAACUGAAGAGUCUAUAGGGAAUCUAAUAGGGUAGGGAACUGGAACUUUCCAGGGUUUCUAAUAUUAUCUUUAACUAAUGUUUGUUUAUAUUUGUGAGGUUUCAAAAAUAGUUUUCAGUGUUUUAUUCCACAGUUCAACUGUUUAAUAUCAAGAAAAGUGUCAGCUCACCUUCAAAGUGACAUAAAUAAUGGGUACGUUAAGGGAACUGCUGCUAAGUAAAGUUCAUGGGUCUCUCUGCUAUCAAAACAAUUUAAUUUAAAUGAGGUUGCUUUAAGCAGUAGAAUUAUUGGGAGCUGUAUUACUUUAAUGUGUUAAACUGUUAUUGAUUGGUUAACACCUAGGUCUUCUCAGCCAGGCCACCGUAAUAAGCAAAGACGGGAUUCAUUCAUUGCUGGUGAUUGGUUGAGAGUAUCAGCUGAUGGCCUAUAACUGGCCACUCACCGCAAACAGCAGUUAAUCUAUUAUUAAAAUAAAAUAAUUCUUUAAUGACUAUUAUUUUUAUUUAUAAAGCACAAACAUUUUCUGUAAUGCUGUACUAAGGCAAAAUAAUUAUACAUGCAAUUGCAACGGGACAAUCCGAUAAACAAUAAAAAUACACAGUGAGGGUAAACUGUGUAUGGAUUCAUCUGGAGUAAUAUUUAUCUAUACUGUAUACACCUUGGAUCCUUUUUGGUGUCCCCCAUUCUCAUAGUUGCCAACUGUCCCGAGUUUGCCAGGACUGUCACAUGUUCUGGGCUCCUAUCCCAGCAAUAAAGAGUCCCGGGAUCUGUCCAACAUACCAAUGGUGUAACUACCACUGAUUCAGCCAUUGUAGCCUUCCCAGGGUCCCCAAAAACAUCUAGAAAUAUGUGUGUAUAAUUGGGUGUUAUAAUGUUGCUGUAUGUACGUUAAUUGGCCCCUCAGUGGUAUAUUUGUUUUGUGACAUCCAGAUUUGAAUGAUAUCCAGCACAACUCAGUUUGAAUAGUUAUGAUUAGUCGCACGCAAGAACCUAUUCUGCAAUGCAAAUUGCAUUGAUUUUUUUUUCUCUCACUGCAUACAUAGACAAAUAGAGGUUUUCAGUAGCUAAGUCAAAUUCUAUUCUCAUAUGGGAAAGAAAGCACUAUAGGUUUUUUAGCCAACGAGAACAUUGACACAUCUACAAAUCGGUGGUUUUAUCUUGCAGGGUUAAAAUGAUAGAUUCACUGUACUCAGGAGAUGAUCUUUGUGUCUAUGUACAGAAAGAAAACAAAAAAAGGGAUUAAAGUUAUGAAAUAACAAGGCAGAAAGAUCAUCAGCCAUUUUAGAGAGCAUAUUGUAAAGGAUAAUCCAAUCAUCUAGUAUGGUGUAAAAGAGUUCAAGGGGUUACAGUCCCAAAACAUAUAGAGGGGUUAGUAGUUCAUCACCCCUAGUCAGAACUCUGUGCCUCUGCUGCUCAAUGAUAAGUAACGUGAUGGUUCUAAAAAGAGAAUAGGAAUAGAAUUUCAGUUUAAUUUGCAACAUUGCAUUAUUAAUACAGAAUCUUAACGUAAGUAGGUUCAUGUAAGAUUAUGCAAUCCCAAAUAAUGUUUCAAUAAUUAAAAGUCUUAAUUGGUUGAGAUGUAUUUAGUGCAGUCAGUUUCAGAGAAUCUACAUAAAUUAUAUUGUAACCGAGAAAACUUGCAGAAGCCAGACACAGAGAGAUGGAUGCAGGUUUUCAGGAAGUAAGAGGUCUUUAUUAACAUACCGAUCGGGCCUCAGAUGAACUUACGUUCCAAAACAGGUCUGAGGGCCAAACACAUGGAGUACAUGCUUUUUAUAGAACUAUAACUCCUCCCAUUAAUAGCUCCACCCGCACAUACCCUUAACCAAUCAGUGGACAGGAUUUGGAUUUCCUCAUAUGGGCAGACCACAUGGCUCAUCCGAAACAAAGGAGAAAGGAGUGUAAUUUAAGUUCCUGCAUUCCUGCACAUGCUCAGUACAUUGAUGACAGUAUCUUAGCUACUUGUAACUAACUAACUGAUACAACAUACACAUAUGCCACAUGGAAAUCUCGGCCUACUAAAUUUAAAUUUCACCGAAAUUCCAUCACAUUCCCCCCUUUGAUGCCUCUGAUACAAAAUUAUUCCAGAUGCAUCACCAAUCAUAGUUUACCAACACCUCUCAAGUAGCCAUGGGACCAGAGCAGACCUUGUAAGCAUCUUAGCAUCAUCACAAACUCCUUCAGCAUUCCUCAUCCUGAAUAUGUUCUCUUUGGGCUAGGGAUUCAUAUCUAUAGAGAGCCAUUACAUGAGCAGCUGUCUUUCUUUCUAUAGUACUCUCUAUGAUACUACGUAUAGAUCUAACCACUAAUGGAAUUAGGCAGGACAGAAAGAGACAUAAGAAUAUAAUAAAUACUACUCUUCAUACUAACGCCUUAAUCCCUCCAAGCUGCUCAUACCAACUUCCAAACCAACUACUAGGAUUAUACCCAUUCCAGACCUGAGCAGGUACAUGUGGCUUGUAAGUUCAGCCACUGCCUGCCUUUCAUCAUCUAUGUGCAAACAACAGUUGCUGAGAUUAAACGUUCCGCAUACACCUCCCUCUACUGCUAAUAGGUAGUCCAGAGCUAAUCUAUUUUAAUAGAUGGCUGAUCUCAUCCGAGUAUUUUGCUUAGCUAGAAGAUUAAGUACUUGAGCUGUCUCAUUAGUGAUAAUCUUAACCACCACCUGUAGACUUAUAAUACGGUUGAGCAUAUAUAUCGGGGUUCUAUAUCCAUAGGUACCAUCUUCUGCCCAAGUAGCAGGUCCAUAAUAAUUAAUAAUGCGUUGGGGAGGCCACUCAUCAUCUUCCCAGCUACCUAUAUUCAAGGAUGCUCGCUUCUUUUUAUGAUUUACAUCAUAAACCUUAACUCCCAAGGUCUCUCUUGUCUCAAAUAGCAACAGGAAGAAGGAUGGUUUGAGCGUACCUAAUACACAUGCCACUUCCCAUACUUGUGGUAACUAUGAAUAUGCUUUCUUACCACAGAUCCAAUAUAAAUUCGAUGGGGCUUUCCAAUUGGAUGUAGCAGAUAAGUCAAACCAUACCUCUUUUUAAUGGGUGUAAUUGGCAAACGGAUUAGUAGGCUCUGAGACAUUUGAAGCUGACCACUAAGCAUCAUCCCUAGGGAACAACUAACCUAAUUUUCUCUGACCUCCUCUAGUUUCUAAUCCUUUAACAAAUCUCUCAUAACUCAUCUCUUCUGGCAAGUUUAUAAUCUCAUUAGAACAUCCCUUUAGGGACACUCCAAUGACCAAAUUAAGUGGUCAGCUUCAAGUAUGUUUAGUAUCGGCAUUAUAGGCUUUCUGUCCUAGACAUAUUAACUCGCCAACAGGUGUGGUAUACAAUGGCCCUUUCCUGGCUAAACAUACAUGACCUAUAAUGGAGGUUUUUAACCGCCAGUCUGAUUUACCUCUAGUACUUACUUGAUGAUCAGACUGAGAAAGUAUUUGUUGUUCAUCUGCCUCAGAACCAGGGUACCAUACUUCCUUUGCCUCCCAUGGCCACUGGUCUCCCAUAUUAGUACCUCCACAUACAAAGCAAUUAGUUACAUUAAGACUACCCGCAAUACUCUCAGCCAAAUCAAUAAAAAGGUUCUUAACAUUAUGGGGAAUUUUAUCCUCAACACUCAUCUCCUCAUAAAAGGAAUGAAAAACCUGAUGAGUUUGAGUUGCUAUCGUCUCAGUUUCAAGUCCUACAUACAGGGAGUGCAGAAUUAUUAGGCAAAUGAGUAUUUUGACCACAUCAUCCUCUUUAUGCAUGUUGUCUUACUCCAAGCUGUAUAGGCUCGAAAGCCUACUACCAAUUAAGCAUAUUAGGUGAUGUGCAUCUCUGUAAUGAGAAGGGGUGUGGUCUAAUGACAUCAACAAACUAUAUCAGGUGUGCAUAAUUAUUAGGCAACUUCCUUUCCUUUGGCAAAAUGGGUCAAAAGAAGGACUUGACAGGCUCAGAAAAGUCAAAAAUAGUGAGAUAUAUUGCAGAGGGAUGCAGCACUCUUAAAAUUGCAAAGCUUCUGAAGCGUGAUCAUCGAACAAUCAAGCGUUUCAUUCAAAAUAGUCAACAGAGUCGCAAGAAGCGUGUGGAAAAACCAAGGCGCAAAAUAACUGCCCAUGAACUGAGAAAAGUCAAGCGUGCAGCUGCCACGAUACCACUUGCCACCAGUUUGGCCAUAUUUCAGAGCUGCAACAUCACUGGAGUGCCCAAAAGCACAAGGUGUGCAAUACUCAGAGACAUGGCCAAGGUAAAAAAAGGCUGAAAGACGACCACCACUGAACAAGACACACAAGCUGAAACGUCAAGACUGGGCCAAGAAAUAUCACAAGACUGAUUUUUCUAAGGUUUUAUGGACUGAUGAAAUGAGAGUGAGUCUUGAUGGGCCAGAUGGAUGGGCCCGUGGCUGGAUUGGUAAAGGGCAGAGAGCUCCAGUCCGACUCAGGCGCCAGCAAGGUGGAGGUGGAGUACUGGUUUGGGCUGGUAUCAUCAAAGAUGAGCUUGUGGGGCCUUUUCGGGUUGAGGAUGGAGUCAAGCUCAACUCACAGUCCUACUGCCAGUUCCUGGAAGACACCUUCUUCAAGCAGUGGUACAGGAAGAAGUCUGCAUCCUUCAAGAAAAACAUGAUUUUCAUGCAGGACAAUGCUCCAUCACACGCGUCCAAGUACUCCACAGCGUAGCUGGCAAGAAAGGGUAUAAAAGAAGAAAAUCUAAUGACAUGGCCUCCUUGUUCACCUGAUCUGAACCCCAUUGAGAACCUGUGGUCCAUCAUCAAAUGUGAGAUUUACAAGGAGGAAAACAGUACACCUCUCUGAACAGUGUCUGGGAGGCUGUGGUUGCUGCUGCACGCAAUGUUGAUGGUGAACAGAUCAAAACACUGACGGAAUCCAUGGAUGGCAGGCUUUUGAGUGUCCUUGCAAAGAAAGGUGGCUAUAUUGGUCACUGAUUUGUUUUUGUUUUGUUUUUGAAUGUCAGAAAUGUAUAUUUGUGAAUGUUGAGAUGUUAUAUUGGUUUCACUGGUAAUAAUAAAUAAUUUAAAUGGGUAUAUAUUUGUUUUUUGUUAAGUUGCCUAAUAAUUAUGCACAGUAAUAGUCACCUGCACACAGAUAUCCCCCUAACAUAGCUAAAACUAAAAACAAACUAAAAACUACUUCCAAAAUAUUCAGCUUUGAUAUUAAUGAGUUUUUUGGGUUCAUUGAGAACAUGGUUGUUGUUCAAUAAUAAAAUUAAUCCUCAAAAAUACAACUUGCCUAAUAAUUCUGCACUCCCUGUAUAUUAUAGUCCCUAGGUCUACUCCUGUGCCAUAUAUUUGGAACCCAAAUUGAUUUCCAAACUUAUCAAUAAAAUAUUGUGGAUUAUAGUUGGUCAUGAACAGGAUUACAUUCCAUAGAAUUAUAGUGUGGUGUAGUGGGCAACCUUUGGAUAAUCAUAUCUUGAUCCACUGUUAUUCCCCAGGUCGCCCACCCUACACAAGACCAAUAUGAACAUAAAUUUAAAUCCCUAUUUGGGCAAUCAGGAUCAGUAGAUCUCUUACUGGGACAUAAAUAUUUAUCAUUAAACCCAUAAGUUCGUUCCCAUUUAAGAUUACCACAUACAUUCCAAGGUUUUCCACUACCAGAGAUCGCCUUACAUGCAUCAAAUAGUAGAAUGCCCGUAGAAUGUAUGGUAUUUAUCACAGUCCUAUUUAUCAAGGUCCCCUGGGAGUUACUGUUCCGAAUUACCAAUCAAAUUGUACGGGGUUGGAAUUGGGGAUCAAAACAUUUAGGCUCUCCUGAUAUUGGUUUGCACACACUGUAAUCUAUAUCUAAAUAUCUACACUUAGAUACAGAUCCCCUACACUCAUACUGUGAGUGCCAAAUGAGAGUUUUGGAUAUUUGGUUACCUGUUUUUGUAGUCUUAAUGCAGCUAACACAACUCUGUAUGUCCUCACCUUCCUGAAAAAUCACAAAAAUGCCUAAACACAUAAUAUAACAUAUUAUUUCAGAAGUCCUCAUUUCUACUCUUCGACCGUGCGACUGCACUUCUGUUUCCCAAUUGUAAGGGCUGCAAGGAUUGUCGUUCUUCUGAUCCUCACUUUUCUUCACAGAGGUCCCUUCGAGACACUCUGGCUAUGACACGUAGGUAGGUGGUCAGGCUUUAUUAUGGCGGUCAAAACACCUACUUGCUGAUAUCUGUUGUUACUUUCAACUAAGAUGUCCCAAUAUUUCCUCGUAUUAUUUCUCACUCCGACUGAGCUACCCACUUUAACCGGAUCUUGCAAGGAUUUUCAGAAUCUGGAAUAGCUUGCCAAGAAUCUGCCGCUGGUUUAACCCUAGAAUGAUGAAUCCACAGAGUCACUUCUGCCACCUUUACAGCUGUUGGAGUAGAAAAAAGAACAACAUAAGGACCCCUCCACUUUGGACCUAAUGGAACAAAAUUCCAUUAUUUUAUCCACACUUGAUCUCCCGGUUGAUAGGAAACCUAUCUUGCACCCAUUUCUGUACUUCCUCCAUAGUUUUACCCAACUCUACAACCUGCUGCCGAGUAAUUCCUUCACCCAACUGAUUCAAGUCCCCCCUUAGAUUACUGAGAAUGGGAGGUGGAAGCCCAUAAAGGAUUUCAAAGGGAGACAGACCCAUUCUUCUGGUAGGAGUACUAUCCGCAACAGAGCUAUUGGUAAAAGGACAUUCCACUUGAGCUGAGUUUCCUGACACAUUUUAGCCAAUUGGGUUUUUAUUGUUCUGUUCAUCCUUUCCACCUUCCCAGAACUCUAGAAGGUCUAAAUGCUGUAUGAAGUUUCCACUUAAUACCAAGCACAUGAGUCAAUUGUUGUAAACACUGAUGGGUAAAAGCUGGACCAUUGUCUGAUCCGUUAGAACACGGAAGUCCAUAUCUGGGUAUAACUUCUCGCAACAGAAAUUGUACAACUUCUCCUGACUUUUCUGUACGAGUUGGACAAGCUUCUACCCAACCUGAGUAGGUACACACAGCUACCAACAAGUAAUGAUAUCCCCAAGAUUUAGGCAUUACAGUGUAGUCUAUUUGCAAAUCUGUUAUUGGGAGUCCUCCCAUAUAUUGAACUCCAGGGGGUUUGACAGGGCCUUGUCUUGCAUUGUUUCGAGCACACAAAACACAUCUUCGAACAAUAGCUCGAGUAAGAUUGGAUAAUCUUGGUAUGUAGAAAUGUUUCCUGAGAGAUUCUUCCAUACUAUCUCUUCCUGAAUGUGUACCAUUAUGGAAGCUCUGAACACUCUCCAUAGCAGGAGAUGUCGGAAUAACUAUUCUUCCAUCUUCUAACUGAUACCAAUUAUUCUCCAAGUAUUUCCCAGCUUCAGUCUUCAACCACUCCAUCUCUUGGGUUGUAUUUAUCGGAGUCCAUUGAGACAGAGGUGCCGGCACAAGGGAAGCAACAUACCCCACAUAUUCCUCUUGCCCGGAUUCAGCAGCAUGUUUUGCUGCACUAUCAGCCAUGCAAUUUCCUUUUACUACAUCACUGUCACCUUUCAGGUGUGCCCUGCAAUGUAUAAUACCGACUUCCUUCGGUUCCCAUACCGCCUCUAACAGUUGAGAGUAUUUCUGCUGCAUACUUGAUUUCUUUCCCUUCUGAAUUCAACAAUCCCCUUUCUUUAUACAAUGCUCCAUGGGAAUGGGUGGUUAGAAAAGCGUAUUUCGGAUCUGUGUAAACAUUCACUCUCAACCCUUCAGCUAAUUGCAAGGCCCUUGUUAAUACAAUCUUUUCCGCCUUCUGUGCUGAUGUCCCUUUCGACAGUGGCCAUGCUUCUAUCACCUUGUCUAUAGUUGUUACCGCAUACCCUGCAUAACGUAUACCUUCUUUCACAUAACUACUACCAUCUGUAUAAUACUGUAUGUCCGGAUUCUGGAUGGGGAAAUCAUGAAGAUCAGGCCUGCUUGAAAACACUUCAUCCAUUAUCUCCAAACAAUCAUGUUGACUUUCAGUAUUCUGGGGCAGAAGGGUAGCUGGAUUCACAUUAUUGACAGUUUCGAGGUGUACUCUUGGAUUUUCACAUAACAUAGCUUGAUAUUUGGUCAUUCGACUGUUACUAAACCAAUGAUUUCCUUUGUAAUCCAACACGGUCUGUACUGCAUGAGGUACUUGCACAUAGAGUUUCUGACCCAAUGUGAGCUUGUCAGCUUCUGCUACCAACAGGGCAGCGGCGGUCACUGUUCGCAGACAAGGUGGAAGACCACUGGCCACUGCAUCCAACUGUUUGGAUAUAUAAGCUACAGGUCUUUGCCAUGAUCCCAAAUACUGAGUUAAUACUCCCACAGCCAUUCUUCUUUGCUCAUGUACGUACAGAUAGAAAGGACGCGUGUGAUCUGGUAGACCUGGAGCUGGGGCACUCAUACGUGCUUUCUUAACAUCAUCAAAUGCCUUCUGUUGUUCAGAGGUCCACAAAAAGGGGUCAUAUUCUGUGCCUUUCACAGCUUCAUAUAAAGGUUUCGCCAGUAUCGCAUAAUUUGAAUCCAUAUCCUACAGAAUCCUGCUGCUCCUAAGAAUUCUCACACUUGUCUUCUAUUCUUAGGUAUAGAUAUCCGACACACUGCUUCUUUUCUUUCAGGUCCCAUUAUUCUUUGACCUUCGGAAAAAAUAUGGAAUCCUAAAUAUUUCACAGUUGACUGGCACAAUUGCGCUUUCUUCCUUGAUACCUUGUAUCCUGCUCUCCAUAGAAUGUGAAGCAAAUCAUAAGUUGCUUGUUGGCAUAUCUCUUUAGUAACAGCUGCUAUCAAAAGAUCAUCCACGUAUUGAAGCAAUACACAUUGUCCUGGGAUGGACUUGAAAUCUUGCAAAUCCUGACUUAAUGCAGAUCCAAAUAGGAUAGGUGAAUUCUAGAACCCUUGAGUAGUCUGGUCCAGUUCAUCUGACACUUUGAACCUGUAACAGCAUCUUCCCAUUGGAAAGCAAAUAUACACUGACUCUCAGCAGCAAUCCGAAGGCAAAAGAAAGCAUCCUUAAUGUCUAGAACUGUGAAGUAGGUUGCGCCACCUGGUAUCAAAGCAAGCAGAUUAUAUGGGUGUAUAUUGAUCUGAUCAUGGUUUCUGAACAGGUAAUUAUGGAGUAUUCCAGGGGGAAGUACAGAAUUUUAGGAUGCCAUACCUUACGAACUUAUCCAAGUAGAUCUGUAUGUUUUUCUUAGCCUUUUGAGGUAUAUGAUACUGACGUAGGCUAACAGGAUAGGCCCCAAGCUUUAGUUCAAUAUGUAUAGGUGGAAUAUUACGAGCACGCCCAGGUGGGUUAUUCUCUGCCCAUACUCCUGGAAUGUCAAAUAAAGUUUCAUCACUCUUAGGGUUUACACUUGUCAUUAUGGAGUAGAAGCGCCAUUCUUCUUCCCUUGGCACCGAUACCGCCAUUAUGCCUGGUAAUCCAUUUAACCUCAGAGACGUUUAUCCAUUAGGUAGAAAAGUUAUCUGGGCUUGAAGCUUCGAUAAUAGAUCUCGUUCUAGAAGUUGAAUCGGAUACUCUGGCAUAUAUAGGAACUGGUGCUUCACCAAAUGGCCUCCCAGAAUGCAAGUGCGACUUUUAAGAAGCGGUCUAGCUCCCAGUAGCUCCUAUCACAGUUAUAGUUUUUCCUGAAGGUCUUUCACCACGGAAUGUUCAGCACCAGUGUCAAUCAUGAAAGAACUUCUCUUUCCCCCUAUUGCUACAUCGACCAUAGGUUCCGCUCGGCCAAGGGGGAUGGAGCCCGGUCGGUAUCAAUAGUCUUCCAUGAUAGUGUCAGCCAGACCCACAAAAUCUCUAUCCUCUCUAUCUCUUGGUCUCUGAGUAGGUGGAUAAUAUCUAUCUCCUUGAACACUCCCUCUACUAUUCCUACCGUUCCCUCCAAAACUUCCUCUUUCUCUAUAACUACCACUAUAACCUUCCCUGUACUCUUCUAUCUCCUUGUCUAUUAUUUUCAUAAUGCUCUCUCUGUGGACACUCAUUCUUUCAAUGUCCUUCCUCUCUACAAAACACACAUUGAUUCCUACUUAAAGGUCCCUUACUCAGCCUAUUCUCGACUCCUUUAUUCAUUUCCCUUCCCUGUCUUUCUACACUUGUGAUAGCUACCGCUAGCAUAUCUGCCUUCUUCCUCAUUUUACGUUCUUCAUCCCGCUUUAUCUCAGUUUCCCGAUUUAUAUAUACUUUAUUUGCGAUCUCCAUUAACUGUGAUAUGGACAAAUGCUGAGUUAAUCAUUCGAGAAUUCUCAGGGGCCUCUGGAUUAAGAGGAGUAUACAAUCUAUAUGACUCCAAUAAUCUUUCAUAAAAGGCACUAGGUGACUCAUCAACCUUUUCACCUCAGCCGUCUUUGACAUAUUGAUUGCCUUCUUCCCUCCUGCCUUCAUGCCAGCAAUAAUGGCUUCCCGAUAAGCCCUUAAUUGGGGCAUGUCAGCACCAUUCACAUUCCAAUUUAGGUCAACAUUUGGAUAAGGGGCUGCAGCCCAUGCAGCUGGAUUGGUCUGAUUUUGAGUACGGGCCGUUUCCUCAAGCGCUUUAAUAGCCGCUUGAUUAAUCCGGAUCCUUUCCUCACAAUUAAAUAAAGUUAAUAAUAAUUGCUGGCAAUCGGCCCAAGUGGGAUUGUGAGUUUGUAUAAUAGAGGUAACCAAAUCUGUCAUGACUUGAGGUUUAUCGGUAUACGAAGAGUUAUGAGUCUUCCAAUUGAAUAGAUCAGUUGUGGUGAAGGGCACAUAGACAAACACUGGAUCUGCCCAUUGUAUUUGGCCAUUUUCAUCAACGUGUGUUGGGCCCGGUGUAAGUCGGAGGGGCAUUUGGUAAUGUCGGGGUUGAAGGAUACCAGUCAUCUGUCGGGUUAAUAUAGGACUUUGACGAGGCUGUUUUAUAGUAAGUUCUGGUCUAGGGGUAGUAAGGUAAGGAGAAUGAGGCAGGUUAAUUUUACCGUGCGGAAGUUCAGUCAACAGGAUGUUGCGGACCGGGCUGGGAGGAGCCUGACCAGGAACCAGAAGUGACGUUAAUUCCGGAUAUAUAGAACUAGUGGAGGUAGGGGAGGACUCAGGGCAAGUGGGCUGGGCUCUAAACUAGAUGAAUGAGUGGGCAGGGACAAUGGGAAAGGGGGAGUGGCAACACCAGCAGCACCUCCUCUAACCUUAGAGGAGGAGUAAGGGGGUGGGGAGGGAAGUUCAGACUCAGAGGGAGAGUCUAAAAUGGGCAGGGGUUGCGGCCCUGAUGGACAGGCGAGUCCUGGCCACCAUGAGGCGACAUUGCUCCUCGUGGCAUACCUUAAUCCAUUUAGGCAAUUCUUCCACAAUCUGUUUCCAACAAUCAAUAUACGGAAACUGAUCAUAGAAUUCAGGCCUACUAGAUACAACCGCGUGCAAACGUUGCACUAUGGUUAGAUCAAGACUACCACGUGGAGGCCAUGCGGUCAUCAAGAUAGGCCACUCUCUACUACAUAAUGUAGUCAAACGCUUUGGGGAUAAUUUCACCCCAAAAUCACAAACUUUAUAUCCCUCUGCAAAGUUUUUUAACAUACACGACAAGGGAUCAACAAUCUUUGAGUCAGACGCACCCAUACUGGCAAGGGAGGGUCUAAUACAAAGAAACACAAUACCACAAACACACUUCCAAUGAUCAUACUUGUUUCACUGGCAACAGCACCACGUGGCACAGUUGCCAGGCCAAACACACACACGAAAACACGGAGAGAAUUCUCGUACAUACAGUGAUAUCACGACGUCUCACUCACAAAGAUUUACCAAACACUAGAUACUUAUCUCUGUAACUAUAAAUCAAACCCUACAAUUAUCCACAUUAUAAAUCAACUUUUAACUAACCGACUAUAUCACAUUCUAGUAACCUCAUCUUUACAAUCAGUGGUUAUGGUAUGGUUAGCAAGUGGUUAUAAUACAGUUUUAAAGUCACAGAUCAGUUAGUAACAGUUAUGGUGUUACACAUAUAACAUAAGACAACAGUUUUUAGUAAUUUUUACACAACUUCAGUAGUUAUAGUACAUGUUAAUGGUUAUAAUACUGUGCGCUAUUCUACAGUAUACACACAAUUUACACUCCCACUAGACGGCAGAGCUCAAGCUUUCUAGCAGGACAUACAAUUCACCAACUACAGUAUAUUUAACAACAUUUACAAUAAUCCCAACUAUUCUAAUUGGCCAGCACCUCGAGAACUAUCGAACUAUUUACACCAGGAUUCGGUUAGUCUACGCUGCCCAAGCACCACAUAUAUCGAACUAGUGGGUGGAAUUUACAACAGUACCCAUUUAGUCUAUCUACUCUAUCAAUAGUCUAGUGGCUGAAUUUACAACCGCGCACACUUAGCCAAGAUAGGUUGAGAACUAGCAGACGGAAUGUACACCAAAAUCUGCUUAGUCUCGCUGGCCUUCCCGACCUAGCGACCGAAAUUUACACCUAGACACGCUAGUCAAGACAGGACACCGGUGUCCGGCAUAAACUAUGUACACCAAGAUUUAGCCUGACUCAAACCACCUAUAUUAGACGGGCUGACUACAGAGCAUCUAAUUGCCAGAUAAGCGUUGCGCCUUCGCUUCUUCCCUCCAGAGGGAGGGGGCAAUCCAAUAACAUGUUCCAAAUAUAAAACCCCUUGUGGGCCUACCGCUCUAACGGUAUCAGUCUUACCUCUUCGUUCCUGAACCUGGGCUCACACUCAUCGACGGGGCACCCCGGUACUUACUACGUAAAGGCAGAUGAUCUCCUGGGCGAAGCAGGCCAGUGGCGCCGAGAUGAAGGGAUGUCCACGCAGAAGUUCAGGGGUGCUGCCGUAGAGAACUUUGGUAAAAGAUUUACCAUCUCAAAUCUCUGUGCCAGCUUCCGUGCGAUGAGGUUCCCGGACCCAAUGCACCAAAGAUGUAACCGAGUAAACUUGCAGAAGCCAGACACAGAGAGAUGGAUGCAGGUUUUCAGGAAGUAAGAAGUCUUUAUUAACAUACCGAUCGGGCCUCAGAUGAACUAACGUUCCAAAACAGGUCUGAGGGCCGAACACAUGGAGUACAUGCUUUUUAUAGAACUAUAACUCCUCCCAUUAAUAGCUCCACCCGGACAUACCCUUAACCAAUCAGUGGACAGGAUUUGGAUUUCCUCAUAUGGGCAGACCACUUGGCUCAUCCGAAACCAAUGAGAAAGGAGUGUAAUUUCAGUUCCUGCAUUCCUGCACAUGCUCAGUACAUUGAUGACAGUAUCUUAGCUACAUGUAACUAACUAACUGAUACAACAUACACAUAUGCCACGUGGAAAUCUCGGCCUACUAAAUUUACAUUUCACCGAAAUUCCAUCACAAUAUAAUCGCGGAAGUAGCAAAACCAAGUCACUUAAUUAGAAUGUGUGCAUAAAUGCAUGUUCUAAAAUUCCUGGCACAUAAACAGAUCAUUGAUAAUGAGAAAUCACCCACUCAUUGAAUCCCUGAGAAUAUACAAAAUGUGUGCCUCCACAGAGCCUAGGCCUUGUGAACCCUCAAAAAAUAAAACACACAACUGUGAGGGGCCACUCGGGCUGUGAGAACCUUUGUCUCUGCAUUUGUACAGACUCAUAAUGAUCUCAGUUUUACUUCUGAAACACAUAGUUCAUCAAGUAGAAUGAACAUAGUGACUCAUCAACAACAAUCUUAAAGCACGGUUAUGCCAAGCCCCUGAGUCCAAUGCAUAUUGAUUGUCACUAGCUCAAUCUGCCAUGAUCAGCAGGUCAAUAUACACAUUACACAUAUAUCUAUUUUUAAAAUCACUUAAAGGUUAAAAAAAAAAAAAAAAAUGUUUAGUAAAUAUAUCCUCAGUGGAAACAUGCAUGUUUCUAAUUAUGCAUUUUUUUUUCAUUGGGUGCAUAUAUAUAAAAAAAACAGCUUGCAAGAGCAGCCCUUGCAAACCCUCCCAUUCUGACUCCGCCCAGACUUUCUGUGGCUGCCCAAUCACUGACUUCCCAAUGCAACUCAAUGAGAAGUAUUUGUAAGGCAGGUGCUCUGGCAAUCGCUUUAACCCCUUAAGGACACAUGACAUGUGUGACAUGUCAUGAUUCCCUUUUAUUCCAGAACUUUGGUCCUUAAGGGGUUAAGCAUCUGGAGUGUCCCUUUAAAAAGCUUUGCAUUUGAUUAUUACUGAAAGGUCGUUCGGUCUUGGCGAAUUUUUAGACUUUAUAGAAAUAUUACUUUAUAAUAAUUUCCAGCAUAAUUCUAACAAUAUGAGCCACCCCUGUUUAGUUUCAUCUAACAUUUUAGAGUGAACCGGCUGAUCAUGCCUGUAAUCUGAUUUUUAAAAAAUGUUUAUCGUGCAGAAUAAAAUAGAGACAAUAGAAAGCAACCAUUCAAGAUUAUAUUGUUUUUAUUUAAAUUUGUAUCUUUCUGAAAGUUUUUCAUUGAUCAGAACCGCAAACUUGCGGUGAGAUCCUAGCGAUAUUACUAGAGCGCAGUCAAGUUAUAAAUAUAUUUUUAGGAUUCCACAGAGAUUGUGUUCUAAGGACGAUGGUAUAUUUCAGUAAUUAAAAAUCAUCAUUUACACAGAUGGCUAAAGUCCAGAGAUGUAUAGAAAUCCCAUUCAAAUGAUGUAUUGUUAUAAUUUGUAAAAUGAAAAUCAGGUAAUGAAAACAUACUUUGAAAUCAGUAUUAAAAUGCAGCAAUAAAGACAUGAAAAUUUAAUUCAAAUACAGGGGUGAAAACGCACAGAGUUUUAGCAGUACAAAUCUAACACUCAAUGUAUUAAGUUCGUUUUCAAUUUAAUCCCUUUACAAUAUUUAACAAAUAUGUAUAUAAUUAUUAAAUAUAUAUUUAUUGUAUAUUUUAUAAAAUAUUUAAUUCAUUGAAAGCUUGCUGAAGUACUUUAAGCGUCAACAGAGUGUCCAUGAUUUUCGAAGUGCCUAUUUCAAGAGAAAUUGCCAUUUUAUGACGCUCCCAUCUCCCAGUUCUCAAUUAGGCAACCAAUAGGGUGCUCAUCUUAAUUGCAUUGCGCUCAAUGAGAAACAGUGCAUGUGCAAUGAUCUCCUGGAGGCGUGGCUAAACUACAAUGUGGGGCCCUCUUACUGCUGCAUCAAAAGUAUGUUAAAUGCUCACUUUAGACCAGGGGUUCUCAACGUUAGUCCUCAGGACCCCCUACCAGUCCAGGGUUUAGGGAUUACCUGGGUGUGUCUAAGGUGUUUAGAAAAAGAAAAAAAAAACACCUUAGAGUCUAAGGUGUUUUUUUCCCUUUUUCUAAACACCUGAGACACACCCAGGUAAUCCCCAAAUCCUGGACUGGUAGGGGGUCCUGAGGACUGGGUUGAGAACCCUUGCUUUAGACCCUCAGACCACUUUCGCUCACUGGAAUUCUAUCUGUGUGAAGAGUGUGUCCUCUUUUUUUUAUUUUCCAAAAAGUGGCGAUUUAUAGAAAUGAUAAAUUAACCUUGUUGCACCCCCAAUCAGACAACUGGUCCUGUUACUUCCUGGUUUGGUUAGAUCAGUGGAGCUAAACACAGGAGGCAGCAAUUGCCCUGAGCACCUGCCUUGCAAAGACUUCUAAUUGAGCUGCAUUGGGAAGUCUGUGAUUGGACAGCCACAGAAAGUCUGGGCGAAGUUGUAAGGGGAGGGUUUGCGAAGACUGCAGAUAAGAGAACUGCAACUUUUACAAGCUGCUUUUAGAUAUACCCCUAAUGAAAACUUAAAACUAGGGGGACCAGUAAGUAUCUCUAAGCAAUACACCUAAAAUGUACAUGUCUUCAUCAAAUCCUUAUAGAUUGUAAGUUUGUUUGAGCAGGGCCUUCUUCAAGCUCUCUCUGUUCUAUAAAUAUAAAGCACUGUGGAAUAUGUUGGCCCUCUAUAAAUGCUAAUAAUAAUAAUAAUACUUCUUUGGCCCCUGGUGGCUUCAUCUGCGGAAUCUUCCAUAGAUAGUCUUGUUAUUGUCCGGUAAGGUGCCAUGGGCAUCUAUCAUAUCAUGAGACGAUGCUUGUUCCUAUCAGCUAUUGCAACUAACGACUGAUGGAAAAUGGUGACAGAAACACUAUAUAAUUUGAAAUAAAUUACAAAAAAGAGAUUUGCAUAAAGAUUCUAUCUUCAUUAACAGUCCAAAACUGAUAGAGCAGCUCUAAUGCCGAAGAUACAGCUAACCUUUAGUUGGAAUACUAUGUAUCACGUAUAAUAAAUCAUAUUAGAUGUUUUGGCAGUUGUUAUGGGUAAAGAGAAGCAAUAAAAAUGUACAUAGUAACUUGGAAUCAGUUAGACGUAUCACAGAAUUAAAAAGGCUAUACAAACACGAGCUGCCAAAGAGAUAGUCUUACGAGAGAGGUUCUUGUGAAACAUGAAAUAAGACUCACUCCGAAUACGUAUUAUUUAUUACCAAAUUGUAUUCUACAUGCCCUGUGUUUGCCACCUACCAUGAUUAGGCUUAACGUGGAACUACCUAGUGAGAUAGAAUUAUUAUAAACUGAUAUCAUCUGAUUCCACAAAUCCUCCAUACACCAUGAUUCAUUAUCAGUUGUUCCCAGAGACUACUUGGUUACCAUACUAUCAAGAACAUGCAGAACCUCAAACAACAGUAAAACAGGACAGAACAGAACCGAACAGAAAGGAGAGCAGCAUAUUUCCAUUCCUCAAUGGGACAUCGUAGUUUUAGAAACAGCAACGUUUACAUUGGCUUCCUUCCUGACAGCCACUGGAGGCACUUCCACUGCACUAACCGAGUAAAACUCAGUGACGUGACACGGAAACCCCAACAUUUUCCUAUGCGAAAGCUUGGAUGCUAGUGCAGAACUUGUCAUGCACACGUAUCGGUUUCCCAAUGCCUCCUUGAUGGCAUUGCGGAAAGCGAAAAGAUGAGUAAAACUGUUUUUAUACAUAUUUAGGGCACUUAUCCCUAGUUAUAGAACUGUCCCAAGCACUAUAGCCUCACCUCAAUGUGAAUAAUUAGUGAAAAAUAAAGCUUAUAGCCCUUUAUGUCUAUAAAAAAAAUACUAAAUAAAAACUAAGAAUUUGUGUGGCCUAACCAUCCACCACCAGACAUUGUACAAAGAGGAAAGGUUCAAAGUGUACCAGCCAUUGUUCUGUGAUUCGCUCAUGCAGUACACGUGUUACUAAGAGUUUGUGAGUUUUAUUGCUGUGAAUCUUUGAAAUACAUUCGUACACUGCACAUUACUGAGAGCUGUAUUGAUGUAGGGCUCUGUGAUACAUUCAGACAUCGUCAAUAAGUUUUAUAUAAAUCGAAUGUGCAAAACUGAGAGGGACACAAUAAAAGAGACACAUUUGUUGUUGGGGUAUGGAGGUGUCAAUGGGACACAUAAUAAUUAGUAGCCAGAGAGAGUGCAGGAGAUGCCCUGGGAGAAGGGAUGCAAAGAGAAAGAGUUAAACUUGUGGUGAAAGGAGAUUUGACAGUUUUAUAGCGAACUCUAUUGAAGAACAGAGAGCUGAGUCACUCGCUUUGUCAGGAAAGUCAGAAUCAGAAAGAUUAAGAAAAUUGGUGUGAAGAAUCACCUUUCAUGCAUUCGGUACUUUCCCUCCCUGCUACUUUGUUCAUGGAUUUAUUACCUCUAUUACUAGUUCAUACGUUACUUUCUAUUCAUCAAAAUCCCUUGUUCGGUAAAAUAGCUAUUUUACCGAACGAGGAACACCCUGGGUAGCAAUUAGAAUGUAGAAUCCAGUUAUAUUGCACAAAACCACAAGCUAAUUGAGUGCUCCUGGGUGGCUGCCAUUUCGGGACACGAACACGUGGCGAGAACAAUGGAUGGCGGCCAUCUUAAACUCCCGAAUGGCCGGCCAGCGGAACUUAUGCAUCGAGUGCCUGGAACUAAUUUCGGCAUGGCUCUCCAGCAAUACCCAGUCCCCCAUGGAAGUCCCGACUGACCCAUUUACACGAAUUGCACACGAAUGGCGUUCGGGAGUUUCAAUCUACCGAAUGAGGGGAGCACUCUCAGGUAACCAGCUACAUUAUAUCUAUGGGGGUUUUCGUGCAAUAUUCAUCUGAACGGAGACCGGCUCGCACCACUGAUUUCAUGGAACUCUGGGUCGGCUACAAACUCAUGGCGAGCCGGUCAAACUUCCACACGGUAUAACUCCAAAACUACCGAACGGAUUUUUACGAAAUUUGGAUAGGUUGCUCACAUCACCCUCAGCUACCCAGGGAUAUGUUUUUAUAUUGAUAUGUUAUGUAUAAAGUAUGUUUCUAAUAAUUGUGGAAAAUUGUUAACUUUUCUGGCCACUAGAUAAUUGAGUUUCAUAACUGCUCAAACCCAAUUAUCUAGCCAGGCCCAGAGGAGGAGUUAUGUACUGUAUAAAUUGUGUGCCAUGUUUCUCAGUAGUUCAGACUUGUUCCAGCAUUAAGCCUUGGCUCAUGUGUGGAUUAUUCGGCGAUUAUUCAGCGAUACCAGCGAUUUAUUACUCUGUGGAUUACUUGGUGAUUUUAUUUUAUGGGAAGAAGGGAAUGCUUGACGGAGUAAAGGAAAAUAGCCCAAGCUAAAAUCAUUCAUAAAGGAAGGGAUGAAAGCAGGGGCAGAGGGAGAGAAUUGCCAAAAUAAUACGUAGAUACUAAAGACUCGUUUUAAUAAACCUAGAGAUUUCUAAAGCUUGCUUUAAAAAAGUAAACAAAUUUUUUUCAUCUAAUGAAAAUUAAACUUCUUCAACAUUUCUGUUAUAAUUCAUAUUUGUGUUAAAACACUAUAAAUCCGUAUGUUUAGCUUUUUCUCUAAUUUUCAUGCUUGUUAGAACGAGGGUAGGCAACCUUCAGUACGCUAUAUGUUGUGAACUACAUCUUCCAUAAUGCAUCAUGGGAGAUGUAGGCCACAACAUCUGGAGUACUGAAAGUCACCUACCUCUGCUGUAGAAUACAGAUGCUGUAGAUUUACAUCUCAAGGGCAUCUAUACAGUUUGAUAGCACAAUGUCUAUAGACAGUGAGUUCUGUUCAAUUUCCACUAACUGAUUCAAAGAGAAGGUGCGUUUUUGAUGCAUAAACACAGAUGACCCUGCAAUCUUAUUAUUAAUGAAAAAUAGCUUUUCUUUAUUUUCUUUGCUUUUCUCCCUGGUGUUCCUUGCUCACUGCAUUACAUGUGCUGCAGUUCGCUAUUCAUAUAUCUUUGCCACCGAGUGAUGAAUAGUGUAGAAUUCAAUGGCAUCUCUGUAUGCAACAAAAACAAUCACAGUUUCUCUGCUUCUGUGUGUAGGAACAUCUAAAGGUUGUACUAAAAGAUCACCUUCUCAAGGUCAAACAAACCAGAGCUGUGAAACAAUUUGAUGUUUCUAGAUCGGUUCAGUUUCAACAUGACCAAAGGAAGUCCUUAUUCUAGAGUUUAUGUCAGCCAGUUUAAAACAAUUCAAGUAUACAGUAUGUAUUGCAUAAGAAAACUCUAGUGGUAAACAGUUUUUGAAUACAAGUAGUGAAGACAAGAAUGAACUUUUGGUCCAAUGAUUGGAAAUCGUGGCAUGAUAAUGGUUGGUGAAUGUAGUCUACAAUGAUACUCUACCAGUUUUUAGCCAACACAAAUGAAUAUAUUUCAGUUAAGUUAUAUUUAAGUUAAUAUCAGGUGGGAAUAGGUUUACAGAAGUGGUCAACUGGCUCAAUAAUUUAUUAAUGAAAAGAAAAACAUCGGAAGCCUUAAAAGGUUAAUGAAUACAGGGAAUAAAAAAAAUAAUAAUGUCAAAAUAAGGGGAAAAAUAAAAAUGAAUCUAUAUAAAGGAGCUAUUAUAGAGUAGGCACAACCUUUGCCUCCAGAAAAGCUUCAUUCUUGGAAUUCUGUUGUACGUGGCUCCAGCUUAGUGUGUUUGUAGACAUCUUCAAGAAGAAGAGUCUCCUCAAGUCAUCCUCAAAUAUAGAAAAUCAAAUGAAGAUGACCCAUCCAACGUAAUAACCUUUCCCAUAACUCAUGGUCCCUAUUUUGUGCUCCUAACUCCAGGCUAUUUAUACGUUAUCUGUGUUUUAUUUAAAAAAAAAAAAAUGUUGUUAUAAAUUUCCAAUAGUUGUCAUAAUUCUGUGUUCAUUUUAAAGGCUUUACUUUUUGCUGCUAAGCUGUGAUACCCCUAUUUAUGUUUUUUAACAUGAGAACACUGUCCAUCUUUGAUUCUGCAUAUAGUCUAAGUGUGGCAUAUGCUGUUAUUAGGAAACAAUUCACCCGAUACAAUCAAUUAUUUUGUUAUUUAAGCAACCCAUGCAUUGCAAUUUGACCACUUACUGUUCGGUCUCUUCUGGAAUUCUAGUUGGCUAAUGUAAUGCCAAAAACUCAUACCCAUGUGAAUGUGAUAAUUGUCAGACUUAAUUUACAGCUGACUGUACUGCUAAUUGGCAAUCGACUUAAUAUGGUUCAGUUUUGAAGAGUUAUUUAUAGCGCUGAUUUAAUUACAUCAACGUUAAACUUUUUUAUGUGUUAUUUAUUUUAUUUUUUUUGCAUGCUAUUUGAGUUUUUCAGGCUAUUUAUAAUUUCGAACUAAAACUUUGAAGAACAUUAGGCUUCGAGGAGUCACAGGAACACGGAAUAAGAUUGUAAACAGUAUGCGGUAAGAUUGACUCCCGAGUCCGUCUCCCGCCCAUAUUCUAGAAAAUCUCAUACACAAGUAGAGCAACAUAAACAUAUUAUUUUGAGGAACUGGGUGCAGUUUUAGCGAAGAGUUCCAUACAAGUUUAUAUAUUAAUAGGUGAUCAAUAGCGAUGUCCCUAACGGUUCGCCGAACGGUUCGCCACGGACAGCGAACAUAUGACCCUGUACCUCACAGUCAGCAGACACAAUCCAGCCAAUCAGCAGCAGACCCUCCCUCCCAGACCCUCCCACCUCCUGGACAGCAUCCAUUUUGAAGCUGCAUUGUUAGUGAGCUGUCCAGGAGGUGGGAGGGUCUGGGAGGGAGGGUCUGCUGCUGAUUGGCUGGAAUGUGUCUGCUGACUGUGAGGUACAGGGUCAUAUGUUCGCCGUCCGUGGCGAACCAUUCGGCGAACCAUUCGGGACAUCACUAGUGAUAAAUAAUACUAUUAGAUAUCCACCCCUAUGCCAUAUAGACUGCAUAUUUCUCACAUUCAAAUGCAGAAACUAUGCACAGCUUACAGGAAGACAAAGAGUUAAUAGACAAAAUAUGUUUUAACAUAUAAUUGUGAAACAAAUCAUUGUUUUAAAAUAAAAGAAGAAAGAAGUGCAAAGAAAGUGAGAAAAGGGUUUACUCAUUAUUACAUUAGUAAAAUAACAGGAAGGGACAAUGGACCGACUUGUCUGUCAUUUAUGUGUCUUGUUCGUCCACUGUAUAGUGCUGAAGAAUAUGCGGGCAAAAUAAAAUAUUCUAAAAUUCAUAUCAAUGAUUUUGACAAGCAUAAUGUAUAAUGUCCUUUAACCCCUUAAGGACACAUGACACGUGUGACAUGUCAUUAUUCCCUUUUAUUCCAGAAGUUUGGUCCUUAAGGGGUUAAAGUGUGACAAUGUCAUUGUCUUUUUUUGGAGGGAAGGGGAGUUGGUGAGUCAUGUACUGUACGAGUAGUAUGUCAUCAGAGAUCCCCCGUGUGGCCAUUUAGCAAACUGCAAGCAAGGUAAAAAGUCAUUUGGACAUACACCAUCUGUAUUUUGCACAUCAAUAGUUAUUCAAAAGUGUGAAAUGUAAAAUGAUGGUCAAUAAUACACAGAACAGUGCUAUUUUUAGAAUAUACAUUCUCAACUAUAUUUUCAUCUCAGCUAUUCUGCCAAUUCUCUUUUUUAUAACCAUUUAAACUUGGUUGUUAUGCACUGUCCCAUAGAACAGAUAUUUUGAAAAGCAUUGCUAUGAACUCACAAUAAUAUUGGUUACUUAAAUGCAAAUUGUAAUGUCUCUGGAAUUUACAGCAUUGAAUGAAAUAAGUCACCUAUAAUUUGUGUUAACCUUUUAUCAUGACUUGCCGUGUUCUCUAUUGAAUUUAUAUUAAUGUUUCAUCAAAUACUAUUCAUAGUAUUCAAUACUCAGAACUUUUUCAUCACGUAAACCAUUUUAGUCGGUCAAUGCAGUGGAAGCGCCUCUAGGGCCUCUCAGGAAGACAGUCACCCGAGGUGGAUUUUAACCCCGCAAUGUAAACAAUGUCUAAAAGACUUCCAUGUGUUACAUUGCAGGAUAAAAGGACAGGACCGCAGCUGAGAUGAUGUGAUCAAGGUGACUUUAGUGUCCUAUUAGGCCACAUUGAUUUUAAUUGUGCUAUUUUACAUAUCUUUCCCACUGGUAUACAUGCUAAUUGUAUGUUUAGCUUAGGGAUCACUACAUGAUACAUGCUCCUCAUCCUCUGUCAUUUUUACCCCAAAACAGUGAAUCCCACCCAGUGAGUUGUGCAGAUGCCAUAAACACAGGGUAUAAUGCAGUGACAUGAAUAGUGUCAUAAUAAUGCAAUCUGGAGGCCCAGUUUCAUGUAGAACCAGGAAAUAAAUGAUUGUUGGGAUUUGCACCAGUAUCUGCCCCCAUUUUCAUGAAAACAGCUGGAAUACUUACUUCCCAACACUUGGAGGUAUGAAAUUAGAACAGGAUGUAUACGGGUCUUAAGGGGUGCUCCAGUAAUGCCAGUAAUGUAAAAUGUGUCAUUAGCGAAAUGCACAAUGGGUUCAAGUCAGAUGGGGCAUGUCUGCCUGGUAUAAAUAUCCUGGCUGGGACCACUCAGGGUGGACCAAUCACAGAGCACUGCAUAAGCACUGUGUACAUGGUUAGAAUGCUGACCCCAUUGGCAAAAGCACAGGAGCAUCAUUGCACUUCCUGGGCACAGAUUCCUGGUGUCAUAAGAUGCAGGGCACAAGGGGACAAAAGCAGGAUGGACCCUGAAACCAGGAUGGUCAAGCCAGAUUUAGCACUGUCCAAGGAAAUAGCUGCCACAUGGGACUAUAUCUUUCAAUAAUCCCAGGCAGGGACAUUUCUAAAGAUAUCGUUUCACACUGUAUGUAUAAAACGGCUCUCUGUAUAUUAAAGAGUGAUAGUGCUCUUUGUAUAAUGACAGAGCUGGCAGUGGUCAUUUUAUAAUAGAGCAUAUUGUCAGUGCUGUGCACAGUAUUUAGGACAGCGUGAUAUGGGAGAGGAGCAGAUUGGUCUGUGGGAGGCAGUAAUGAGCUCACUAAUUAGCCUGUUCUGGGUUAUAUUUAGCUUUCAUACUGCCAUGUGCAGCUGUCUGGGCUGAGAUAUACUGUAAUAAUCGGAAGUACCAUUGUUUCUCUCUAAGAUCCAACUCCCGCUCCCCGUGCAAGAAAUAUCUCAUAUUUAGCUCCAUUAAACCCAUUAUUAGUGCUUGUUUGUGUUAAAGAAAUAUUUAUUUUUGGUAUUUACUUCUGACUAUAUGACUAUAGGAUCCUGAUUCCUGACAUUCACUAUUAGUUUUCAUUACUAUGACUGAUUAUUCACUUGUAUUAGGUGAAGAAUUCCUAAUCUCACAGCAGAGAGGACCUUCGGGAUAACCCACCACAUGAUAGAGUAGGCUUGUACCUAAUCUGAAGGAAUAACCAGAGCCCCAAAGAUUCUUCUUUUCUUAUUUUUUGGUGAAAGGCUAACUCGUCAGCUGUUCCCCAGUUAGUAUGGGUCCCAUUCUCUGUUAUUUAGAUAAGGGGACCAUUUGCAUGUCCCAUCUGCUAAUAUUGGGGCACUGUGAACACAGCAUGUAUGUUUACAUUAGGUAUUGCGUACCUACAUUGGGAGGUAUGAGAUCCGGACGGGUGAGCCUUGAGGGGACGUCACGAGUGACACAACUUGCUUCACCCAGAAAACAAGGCACACUGAAGGGACAUGUCAGUCUGGCGUCAAGCAUGCAGGUUGACAGACAGCUUCCCGACUCCCAACAUGCAGGACCAUGAAGAAAGCAUUGCUGAUGCACUUUCUGCAUGGUCCUAGUACUAGGCUAAUGCCCUGGCACCGUGCUGCUCAAGGACAGUUUCCUGGUUUUAUUCCUCAGAUGUGGAACCCUGAAAUCUGGACUGUCCCUCCAAAAUCGAGAGACUGGUAGGAGUCCUAGUAUUGUAUGACAGGAAGGGUUUGGCUUCGGAUAACUGGGUAUUGGCAGCUUAUUACCUUUAUCUCAUUGGGAAUAAUUACCACACUCAUAAUUUUAGGGUUUGUUUGGAGCCCAACAAAUCAGCAAUGAAAUUUCAGGUAGAGGGUUAAACAUGGAGCCAGAAAAUGCAGUGCUAUCGGUUGAAGGUUUGUAAAAAGAUUGUGGGUUUCUAUUGGGUCACAUUAAAUCUGGGACUAUGGGAUUAGGUUGAAAAAGCAAAUUCUAAAAGGGGAGCAGUCACCAUGGAAGCCGAUGGAAUGUUCCUGUUUAGACACAUUUUCCGAACCAUACGUUUUUCUCCUGUAAUCCAUAGCUAUUUCUCACCCCUCUUUCUCUCUUCUCUCUGGGGAUUUUACAGUCUCACUCCUUCCCUCUCACUUUCACUUUCUCCCUUUCCCAUUGAUCGCUCUCCCUUUAAUCCCCCUCCCCCUUACCUCUUUAAGCCCUUGACCCAAAUGUUUUCUAUUUUUCCACCCCCCAAACACCUCCUGGGGUACCCAGAGGCUCUGACCCAAUUAUCAUCUUUCAAAUAAAAAUCAAGAGAGAGAGAAAUAAGCUGACGCGCAAACAGCAUUAACAGAGUGACUGAAGUCUAUAAUUAUUAGCAAGCAGAUUAACCCUAUAUGUUCCCUCUCCGUAGGAAUCCAAGACCUAAAUCAGUUCAACUCGUUUAAACCAAAGCUUUCAAAGUCGAAAGACAUCUUGGAGGGAAUAGUGCCAUUAGCAAUGAGAAUGUCCACUUACCGCUUUGCAAUAAAGGGUAAUGUUAGGUUUGAGAGUAUGUAAGAUAUGUGUUUUUUUAAAAUAAAUUGAUAAUAGUAUUUAUAUUCAGUCAUACACUGGAAAUUCUAUUAUUUUACAAUAAUAUGAAAAAAAAAUUUACAGCAAGAAAAGGAUGAUAUUAAAAUUACGUUUUUAUUAAUUCAUAGUUGCAAUCAGCAGGUUUACAAUUUCUUUUCAAUACAGCUUCAGUCCACAAGCCUAUUAUUGCUAUAAUACAUAAUUAUAUUGCCCUAUUUCUUUAAUGUGGAAGGAUUAAAGCACGUUUUAGCUAUUAACCAUUCCACUUUUAUCCAGCAACUAGCACCAACCUAUUCAUUUUGUAGGCUCGGGGAGUGAAACUGUUCAUAUCUAUUAGUGUUUCCAGUUUCGCUGUAGUUUCUGCAUUUAUUAGGUUAAUAGGAAGGGGACAUAAUGCUGAACUAACUUAAUAGUCACAGGAUCUGGAGCCCUAAUUAGGACUGGUUGAAGUGUUUCCAUUAUAAUGAAAGGUUCGUUUCAUUCCAGUCUUAUCCAGCAAAGGAAGGAAACGCAUUUCUUGAGCAGGGACUGGACGGAAAGCAAUCAUCAAGUUGCUACAAAACUACAAUUUAUACUUCUAUUACAGUUUGGGAUCUGUGUUUUGGCCAUCCAUGAACGCAAAGCCCCAACUUCAUGUAGUCACUCAAGUCAAAGUCAUAAACUCCAAAAUUAUUCAAUAUCAUGACAAGUCACGAUAUGUCCAACUGGUCCUUUAUUGCUCCACCGUUGAGGUGGUUGUUCAAACCCUAUGUAGGUUCUUCUAAAGCUUGUAGAAGACAAAUGUGUUUUUCUAAGUGGGGAGUUAUGAUAUUUCUUUGGACAUUAAUACUCUGGCUAUGUUUGGUCAAAGGUAACAUUACACUAUUACUUUGAUCAUAUAUGUAUGUUAUCUCAAAGGUAUAAAGAAAUCUAAAGACAUUUUAUGCCAGUUUACCCUUAGUGAUUAUUCAAAUCUUUUCUCAUAAAACAUAUAUACGUAUGUAUAUAACAAGGGACCUGGUGUAGGUUCACCACUAGCUGGUCACCACAUUCAUUAAUAGUAGCACACGCAUCAUUGUUCAUGACCUUUGGUACAAAAAGUUCUGCAUUAUAUUAGCUAUAUAACUUGAUCAUAGUCAGAUUACUGAUCUACGCCAAAUAUGUCUGUAUAUUCUAAAUAUUUCCUUUUUUGUUUCAGCUCUCUUGUGACUGUUGGUUGGUGACUUCCUCUUUUGCAUUCUGAGUCUUCCAGUGGAAUCUGUUCUGGUGGUGGACUCUUGACUCUGGUCUCUUUGUUUGGCUCACUUUCUCUGACCACUGGGUGUCUUUGGAUUCUAAAGUUCCACAUGAAGUUAGAGGCAGUCCCUGGUGCCCCCCAGGAUGGGGAUUUGGAAUUUGUUUUGGCCACUGACAAGGAGUUUGAAGAGAUCGUAUCUAUGUCCCAUGGCAUUUAUGGAGGUCUUGAUUAUUUGCCGAGUAGAUACCACAGCUGGAUCGGUGAGAAGGACAGGAUGGUUGUACUUGCAAAGAAAGGAGGGAAUGUGGUGAGGGGAUUUACCUAUAUAAUCUCUAUUUCAAGUAUCAUUUUGUUGACAAUUUCACUCUCUUUAAAUAACUCAACUUGAUGGAUGCAUGUCUCAUUUCAACUAUGUAACUAUGUAAUCCCUACUCCAUCUCACUUGAAUAUAUGGUCACUGCUGUAACCAUCUAAAAAUGAUAAAUGACCUUGUUUAUCUCCCGUUUAUGUGUAUUUUACCAGUUUUCCAUUUCUCUGUCACAUAUUACUUGUGUUUUCUGGCAACCUUCUUCUCUAAUAUCCUCUGACCUCACCAUCUGCUUGCUUAUACCCUCGAACUGGCACACUGCCCAACUGCUGGCUCACCACUUCUGUCCAAACCCAUGAUCCCUAUGUAAUCUCUUGGCAUCAGAAACAUAGUGUCCAAAUCAUUUUAUUCUGUUUCUCUUCCUGUUCAAUGAGCUACUGUCACCUUGAAUCAUUUUGUACCCACUAAUCAUGUUCCCCCAUAUAACUGAACUAUCUGUUUUGCAGAUUGCCCUUCUCUCCAUGUUUAUUGUGGAUGGAGGACAGACGGCUCUUCUUGAGGGGCUCCGAGUGGCCCCGUGGGAGCGUGGUAGAGGUGUAGCAGGGGUAUUACAGAGGUUUUGCUGCCAACUGGUGAAGCAUCGAUAUCCAUCUGUAAAAGUGAUGAGGUUGACGAGGGACGACAAACUAACGGCAAAGGAACUGACCAAAUACAGAGUUAUUGCAAAGCAGGUAAGGAAGGGAACAUUACAUGGGGAAUAAGCCAUUAAAAUAACUUGAUACAUUGUGAAUGUAAUAAUACAAACUAUGUGACAACUUUUUUCUUUCUCCCUCUUUCUCAUCCAUCUCUCCUGCUCCUCUUGUUCUUUGUUCCCCUUUACCCACUUUUCCUGUUUGCUCGUCCUUUUAUUUUCCCGUGAUUUGCUCACAGGGCAUUCUGCUUCUCCAAUUCAAUGCACCUGAACUUUCUUCCCGUCUCUCAUCCCUUCCUUUACCUCCUGGGCCUUCUUGCCCACCACCCCCCAUUCUCCUGAAUCCUGAUCAUGUCCGUAGUGUCUUCCUGGAAAGAGGAGGCAUCUUGAAAGACCUCCUCCCCAACCAGACCGUCAUCCAGGACUGGCAACCGUUUCAGGCACUGCCUGGUAACCAUGACCUACUCCGUCGCAAAUCCCUGCGCUGGAUGGCGGAUGAUCUUGCACAGCCCCGGGUGGCUACUGUCUGCACUCCACCUUUCCCAGUCCCUGCAGGGCCCCUCUGCUUCUACCUCAACAUUGAUGUCUUCGGUUCAGGGCUUCGAGGUACAAAAGAGCAGCUUCUUUCCCACCUGGCAGCAUUUGCCCCGUCCCUGCCAGGUGAUGUUAAAUGCCAGCUCUUCUUACCUCCAAGCAUGUGGAGGCCCAUGGCUGAUUUCUGCACCUCUGUUCUGGGAUUUCAUUUGGAGAAAGGUUACACAGAGCAAUACCUCCUCGAGUCUGAUAUGUAGAGGAUUGAGGGGUAACACUCCAAACACUCCUCAGCUAGAAUGGGCAAGUAAGCCUUCUUCCCUAGACAUUUACUCCUUCCCCUUUGCUGAGACGUUCCUUCUUUUUACAUUUGACUCCCCUCAGCUGGUACACUUACCACACAUCCAUAUAUAUAUAUAUAUAUAGCCCUUCCCAAGAAAACAAACCCCAGUAUCAUAAUCAUCACCCAUAUAUACGUAUAUAUGCUAUAAAGGAUGCUGCACUGUACAUAGUGGAAAAAAGUGUGUAUGUAUAAUAAUAUGUUAUAAGCAGAAACUGAAAGACACCUACACUUAGAUAUUUCUGAAAUGAAUUAGGGUCCUUCUCAAAAGUUACUGGUUUCAUCAGUCCUGCUAAAACUUGUCAGUACCUUAUUUUACUAAAAAGCUUUAACCCCUUAAGGACACAUGACAUGUAUGACAUGUCAUGAUUCCCUUUUAUUCCAGAAGUUUGGUCCUUAAGGGGUUAAGGAGCACUAUAGGGUCAGGAACACAAACAUGUAUUCCUGACCCUUUAGGGUUAAACCCAUCAUUUAGCCACCCUGGUCCCCUCAUGCCUCCCUAAAUAUAGUAACAUCUUACUUGUAUUCAAGCCUGAAGAUGCAGGCUUUGUCCCUGUUUCCUUUAGACCUGCCCAGUGCCUGCUGACAUCAUCAGAAGUAGUAGCCUGAUCCAAUUACAAUGCUUCCCCAUAGGAUUGGCUGAGACUGACAAGGAGGCAGAUCAGGGGCAGAGCCAGCAUGAUUCAAACACAGCGCUGGCCAAUCAGCAUCUCCUCAUAGAGAUGAAUUGAAUCAAUGAAUCUCUAUGAGGAAAGUUCAGUGUCUGCAUGCAGAGGGAGGAGAUACUGAAUGUUUGGAUGCAUUUUAGGCAGCCAUGACCCAGGAAGGAUCUCUAACAGCCAUCUGGGGAGGGGCCAGUGAAGUUACCACUAGGCUGUAAUGUAAACACUGCAUGUUCUCUGAAAAGACAGUGUUUACAGCAAAAAGCCUGAAGGGAAUGAUUCUACUCACCAGAACAAAUUCAAUAAGCUGUAGUUGUUCCGGUGACUAUAGUGUCCCUUUAAUUUGCUACUAACUUAUAUUUUGCUUCCCAUUGAAGGAAUUAAUAGCAUUCAAAAGCUUUCAGAUGCAGCAAGACUCACAAUCAAAAUACAAGCCACUUUAUGCUUUCUUCAUGUUUUGUAGGUAGUCAUCUUGUCUAUUUGUAGUUUAUAUGUAUUUUUUUUAUGUAUUGACAUUUCCAAUAUGUUUUUUUAGAAAAUUGUGAUCAUUUAAACGAACUAAAAGCCAAUCUUUGGUUUGCAUUUGGACAUUUGGACCACCUAUGGUGGCAACAUUCAAAACUCUUUAGUGAUAUAUAUAAUAUUUUUGCUAGGGCAAACAUAAACUACCCUCCUUACCAAAAAAAAAUUCAUAAAAGACAAAACAGUAAAAAAAACAAAUAGCCAAGUAAAAUAUAAGCAUAAUAUUAACUUUAACACUAGUACUAACCUUCAUCCCAACAGUAGCUUGAUAAAAGACAAAACAAUUAUUAACACAUUAACUGAAGACUUUAAUAUUUUCAGUAACAGCCAAUGAUUCCAAAUAAUAGCUAGAGUUAGAUCUUAUCCGUAACAUAUUAUUAUAAUUGCACACUUAAAGCAUAAGUGAGAAUAUUGUGAUUUCUCCUAAAAAUUGCUAACAUUGCACUCUAUGUGUGAGAGCAUGUCUAUGUAUUUGUCUGUGUGAGCGUGUCAGUGUCUGUGUGUGAUUACGUGUAUAUAUACAUACACACAUCUGGGAAAGGGGUGUGACAUGGGCUACAUAGGGGUAUGGGUUUUAUACUCUGCACUAAGAUAUUUGAGUGUGUGAUAAUAUAUUUAUAUAUUUAUUGCACUUUUUUAUGGAAAGAGGGGGGAGGGUAAUGUAUUGCACUGUGUAUAUAUACAUACACAUACGUGUGUUCCUGUCUACAUACAGACAUAUUUUAAUACAGUUAUCUUUACACAUGUGAUGUGUGAAGGUAUGCAAUAAUUUGCACUGCAGAUAAUGGUAUUGAUAUUAUAAUAUUUAGUUUUAUUGUAAACAGUGAUCACAUGCACUUGUCGGGAUAGAAAUUCCUGACCCCAAAAAAAUGAAUGAAUUCUCAAAGGAUUAUGAAUCAUGACCUUUUUAAAGUGAACACCAGCUAUGGAUUUGUCCCAAAAAAACCCUCUUAGGUAGACUUAACAUCUUUGGAGCCCUAUAUGACCCAUAAUUGAAAUAUGAGUAAAUUUCUACUCCAACCGAAACACAGUGUUUUCAUAAAACACAGUUUUUGGUCACAGUGACCCUUGCUGUGUUGGUCACACCUCCCCUCCACCCCCCAAAAAAUCUAAAAACUUAACUGAAGCCAAGUCGUCCCUCAGGCGAUCCACUUCCACUGAUGUCAUGAAGUGAUGUCAUGGAGCACGAUCUGAGGCGACAGCAUGGGUGACACGGAGGUGGGACCCUGCUGCCAUUGAACGCCUGUUACCAACACGCUGUGUGUGCUGAUGUCAGAUGCCCAAUAUGCACAGAAUUCAUAUUAGUCAGCCAGAACUGUUGUUGAUGCAGCAGAGGGGUUAAACUCAGUAUGUGCAGCAUUUCUUAGCGAAAGGCAGCACACAGACUCCAGACACCAUGACCACUUCAAAUCACUGAAGUAGUCAUGAUGUUUGGUGUAACCCUUUACUAGGACUACAUGUUUUUACAGAGUAUGAACAGGUCAACAAAACAAAAACGAGUUAUAUAAAUUCAUCUAUGACAUGAGGCCGGCCAAGAACCCACAGAUUCUAAGGAACACAAAGGUUGGCCAUGCACUUGCUUAAUUAUUGUUAAUAUUUUUCAUAAUAUUGUUCUAUAUAAAGUAACAGAGCAGUACAGAGCAUGCCGCAAAGUCAGCUCAGCUGGAAUUAGAUUGGGGUACUUUGUUUAAAUUAGUCUAAUAUCCAGCUUUUAUACUAUAACACUUGACAUUCUACAAACCCAGCUUGUCCCCAGUACCCAUAUAAUGCCCCUGUACCCAUAGAAUGCCCCAGAAACCACUGAGUGAACAUUAUACCCAAAUAGUGCCCAGUUAGUCAUAUUGUGCCCCAGUACCCAUUUAGUGCCCCAGUACCCUUAGAGUGACUCCCAUAGUAAACAAAAUGUAAAUGCAAUAAAAACAGACCAUACUGAAUAUACCCACUACAUAAAGUCAUAAAGCAAAAAUAAUCAACCUACAGAUAAUAUAUUUGCUAUAUACACUGACUCACAGGAAAAGUAUAGACUCACAGAUAAUAUGCCUACUGUAUACACUGACCAACAGUCAAAAUUAUAAACAGAGAAUAUACCUGCUAUAUACACUGAUCCACAAGAAAAAUAUAAACAGAGAAUAUACCUGCUAUAUACACUGACCCAUAGGGGAAAUUAUAAAUUCAUAGAGAAUAUACCUGCUGUAUACACUGACCCACAAGGAGAUUAUAAACAGAGAAUAUACCUGCUGUAUACACUGACCCACAAGGAGAUUAUAAACAGAGAAUAUACCUGCUGUAUACACUGACCCACAAGGAGAUUAUAAACAGAGAAUAUACCUGCUUCAUACACUGACCCACAAGAAAAAUAUAAACAGAGAAUAUACUUGCUGUAUACACUGACCCAUAGGGGAAAUAAUAAAUUCAUAGAGAAUAUACCUGCUGUAUACACUGACCCACAAGGAGAGUAUAAACAGAGAAUAUACCUGCUGUACACACUGACCCACAAAGGAAGUUAUAGAUUCACAGAAAAUGUAUCUAAUGUAUACACUGACCCAUGAGUGAAUACACUUUUACUGAGUAUAUGCCACAUUUAAAAUGUUUUUGUCUUUAUAGAUGACAUCUCUCUCUCUCUGUGUGAACACCAGCAGCACUGGUAAUGCUAUAAAACAGACCUUUUUCAAAUCCUGCCGUCAUCAUCUUAACACCUAAGCCCAGAUCGUUAUACACUAUUCCUAUGGUCCUGUUUGAUGCUCGCCUCCUUUUGUCUCCUUUUGUGCUUUUUUGUUUUGGCUUCAAAAGCUCCCCUUUGUAUUUGAUGUUACCUUCAAACACUACUAUUUUAUAGAAUAUUUUAUAGAAACUCCAAUUUCCCAGAAUUUGUCCCUAAUGAUAGGCCCUUAUAUCUCCAAUUUGGAGGAUGUUCCAUUGGACCAAGAAAGUUCCAUUAUACACUGAAUUUUUGUGUGUGGCUUUCUAGACUUUGUCUUAAAUGAAGCCUCCGGUGGCAUGCUCACUGGGUGCUGAACCUUCGUAAGCCAUCUAUUUCUAUUACCCAUGAGCUGCCACUGUUCCAAUUUAAUUCAUUAAUAGUUUGAGCAUCUUGUUUGUAUUGUCACCUGCAUAUUCUUUUUUCUUUAAUAUCUGCAUUCCCUUUUCCUUAAGCUCAUCGUAGAUGUCAAAACCGCUCAGUAAAGAUGUCAAGCUAUUGUGCCAUCCAACAAGACUAACUUCAUCUCUCGCCCUUCACCCAAACAAAUGCCAUAACAUAACCAUGAAAUGCAAUAUACCCACUAAAUAUACCAAACAAUUAACAGGCAGUACACAUUAUACUUUCCUUGUUUGCAUGGGAACCAUAUAACACUAAACAAACACUCCUGCUGUGUACAAUGACAAUAACACACAAAGGAGAGACUCGUGUGUACAAAAUUAGAAUACAACACACAUACACUUCAUAUAUACAACCGUCAUACAACCUCAGUUGUGCUCACAACUGAUAUGAAACAUAAUGAACUCUCAGUAUGCAUUAUUAUACUAUUCUAUUAUCAUAUUAAUUAUUAUUUAUAAAACAUAUUCACCUCUGGUGUUCGUAAUUACCAAAGAAACACAACUACGCACCCUCUGUGUACUUAAAAAAAAAUUACUAAACAACACAAUGCCACCAUACUUUGUGUACACAAUACAAAUCGUCCACUCCUUGUGCAUUAUUUCACUAGAACACAACGUAACCACUUCUUUUCAGAACCACCUCUUGAUCACAGAAAUUACAGAUAGAUUAUGUUCCAGCCCAGCAUUGCCAAGGCUAAAUUCGUAAAAUUAUAUUUUGUGGCAAAAAGUAAAAACUAGUAUUAACUAAUGACAACUCCAUCCUAACGCAGUAGACUUUACAACUAAUAUGUAUCGAUAAUCACAAUAGUUCAAAUGAAAGGUCUUGAUUCUCAUCCCUGGGUCAAUACAUUUCAACUAAUUGUGUUUGGUUGCUAGACGUUCCAGGGUUGAGUACCAGCACUAUUUAAGCACAAUUUAGAUCUUCCAGUGGAUUCCACAGUGAAUCAACUCCUUGUAUAUAUCCUUCAUUUUAAACCAGUAUUUGCAUCUAGUGUGUAUACUUAUAAAAGAUGAGAGCCUUAAAGUCUUGCCUGAUAACAAAAUAUUACAACGGGAAUUAAGGUUAUAGCAUGGAUCAACAAAUGCCCAAAUAUAUUGUAUACAAUUCAUAAAUGAUAAAUUCAUAAAUUUUGACAAUAUUGGCAAAAGUAAAGAAUAUAUAUAUAUAUUUAUCCUGAGAUUAAGAAAAACAAACCUAUCAUGCGCAUCAGGUCCUCAAAAAGAGAAAAUACAUUUUCAGAAGUGUGUGUAUUGCCUUUUAACAUGGGCACACAUUUAGUUACCUUUUAACAUGGGCACACAUUUAGUUACCAAUUGUGUUAUAUAUAUUUACUCACUGUGUACACUCAAAUCGUAAAAUACUAUAUACUUACCUAAUAUGUUCACAAAUACUGUAAAACAGGUCAUAUUUAUCCAUUUUACUGUAAAGUAUUUAUCCACGGUGUAUACCUAAAUCGUAAAACAUAAAACAUUUACCCACUGUACACAUAUACUGUAAAACAGAAAUAUUUACCUACCGUGUACACACAAAAAUGUAUAACAGAAAUAUUUACCUACUGUGUACACAUAUACUGUAAAACAGAAAUAUUUACCUAUUGUGUACACAAAAAAUGUAAAACAGAAAUAUUUAUCGACAGCGUACACAAAAACUGAGAAAGAGAAAUAUUACCCACAAUGUACACUUAUACUAUAUAACAGAAUGGUGUACUUACUGUGUAAACAUAUACUGCAAGACAGAAAUAUUUACCCACCAUGUGCAUAAAUACUAUAAUACAAAACAUAUUUCCCCAUUCUGUAUGCUCAAAUUGUUAAACAUGAAAUAUGUUCCUACUGUGUACACAAAUACUAUAAAACAUGCCAUAUAUACUCAUUUUUUACACACAUACUGUAAAGUAUUUAUCUUCUGUGUACACGUAUACUGAAAAGCGGAAUAUAUUUACCCACUGUGUACACAUAUACUGUAAAACAGAAAUAUUACCUUAUGUGUACACAUAUACUGUAAAACAGAACUAUUAUCCGCUGCACACACAUAAACUGUAAAAGAGAAAAUAUUUCCCUACUGUGUACACAUAUACUGUAAAACAGAAAUUAAUUUCCCCAUUCUGAACACUCAAUUUGCUUAACACUAAAUAUUUACCCACUGUGUACAGACAUACUGUAAAACAGGUAAUAUUUACCCAAUUUACUAUAAAGUAUUUAUCAAUGUUAUACACCUAUAUCAUAAAGCAGGGGACAUUUACCCACUGUACACAUAAACUGUAAAACAGAAAUGUUUACCUGUUUUCACAAAAACAUGUCAUAUAUAUUUGUUUUAUACAACAUACUGUAAAGUAUGUAUCUGCUGUGUACACCUUUAUUGAAAAACUGAAAAUAUUUACCCCCUAAGUACGUAUAAACUAUAAAACAGAAAUAUUACCCCCUGUGUACACAUAUACUGUAAAACAGAAUUAUUACCCACUGUGUACACAUAUACUAUAAAACAGAACUAUUGCCCACUGUGUACACAUAUACUAUACAACAGAAAUAUUACCCACUCUGUACACAUAUACUUUAAAACAGAACUAUUACCCACAGUGUACACAUAUAUUGUAAAACAGAACUAUUAUCCACUGUGUACACAUAUAUUGUAAAACAGAACUAUUACCCACAGUGUACACAUAUACUGUAAAACAGAACUAUUAUCCACUGUGUACACAUAUACUGUAAAACAGAACUAUUACCCAUAGUGUACACAUAUACUAUACAACAGCAAUAUUACACACUAUGUAGACAUAUACAAUAAAACAGAACUAUUAUCCACUGUGUAUACAUAGAAACAUAGAAUGUGACGGCAGAUAAGAACCAUUCGGCCCAUCUAGUCUGCCCAAUUUUCUAAAUACUUUCAUUACUCCCUAUACAUAUACUAUAAAACAGAAAUAUUAUCCACUAUGUACACAUAUACUGUAAAACAGAAUUAUUACCCACUGUGUACACAUAUACUGUAAAACAGAAAUUAACUUACCCAUUCUGUAUACUCAAGUUGCUAAACAUUAUUUACCCAAGGUGUACACACAUACUGUAAAACAGGUAAUAUGUAUCAAUUUUAUUAUAAAGUAUUUAGCAACGCUAUACUCCUAUAUUGUAAUAUAGGAAAAAUUUACCCACUGUGCUCAUAUACUGUAAAACAGAACUAUUACCUACUGUGUACACAUAUACUAUACAACAGCAAUAUUACACACUAUGUACACAUAUACAAUAAAACAGAACUAUUAUCCACUGUGUAUACAUAUACUGUAAAACAGAUAUAUUAUCCACUCUGUACACAUAUACUGUAAAACAGAAUUAUUACCCACUGUGUACACAUAUACUAUAGAACAGAAAUAUUACCCACUGUGUACACAUAUACUGUAAAACAGAACUAUUACCCACUGUGUACACAUAUACUGUAAAACAGAAAGUAACUUACCCAUUCUGUAUACUCAAGUUGCUAAACAUUAAAUAUUUACCCAAGGUGUACACACAUACUGUAAAACAGGUAAUAUGUAUCAAUUUUAUUAUAAAGUAUUUAGCAACGCUGUACUCCUGUAUUGUAAUAUAGGUAAAAUUUACCCACUGUGCUCAUAUACUGUAAAACAGAACUAUUACCCACUGUGUACACAUAUACUAUACAACAGCAAUAUUACACACUAUGUACACAUAUACAAUAAAACAGAACUAUUAUCCACUGUGUAUACAUAUACUGUAAAACAGAAAUAUUAUCCACUCUGUACACAUAUACUGUAAAACAGAAUUAUUACCCACUGUGUACACAUAUACUUUAAAACAGAAAUAUUAUCCACUGUGUACACAUAUACUGUAAAACAGAACUAUUACCCACUGUGUACACAUAUACUUUAAACCAGAAAUAUUACCUUCUUUCAGUGUACACAUAUACUGUAAAACAGAAAUUAAUUUACCCAUUCUGUACACUCAAGUUGUUAAACAUAAAAUAUUUAGUACCUGUGUACACCAGGCCCUAACACAGUCCUGAUCUAAUUGGAACAGUCCUGAUUUCAGGGUCAUGUCCUGGCAUCUUUAUUUAGUUUUCUGGUGUCCCACAUCCAGGGAUACCAGGGAUCUGUUGUGGGUGGCACAGGUCGAGCACAUCAUUAGUCAAGCUUGCGCUGUGAACAGACUCCAGGACCCUGCAGAGAGUGCUUCAGCAGCGCAGACCGCAAGGUCCUGUAGGUUACGGGCUGACCAGGCAGGCCCCUUCAGUAAGCCCUUCUUUUUCUGGUCGGUCCACCCCUUUUGGGAGUCAUUAGUGACGCAAGCUGCAUCACUGAUAAUGCCCCUACUAGGGCCCACCAACCUGUCUCAAUCUCAUACUGCCCAAUGUCGAGUGGUAUGGUGUACACAUAUACUGUAAAGCAGAAAAUGUUUACUUAUUUUGUACACACAUCAUGUAAAAUAGAAACCAUUUACUUGCUGUGUGCACAGAGAUUGUAAAAUAAUAUUCACUCACUGUGUGCACCCAUACUAAAACCAGAAUGUGUUUCUUCUCAUUUUUCACAGAUAUUUACCCAUUGUGUGUGCAAAUUGUAAAUAAGAAACAAUCUAUCCAUUGUGUGCACACAUACUGUAAAACAGAAAAAUAAUCCCCUAUGUGUGCACAUAUACAAACAGAAAAUAUGUAUCCAUUACAUGUACAAAGUUAAUGCACUCACUGUAUGCAAUCAUACUAUAAAAGAAAAAGUAUUUACAAUUUUGUACAAACGUACUGUAAAACAGGAAGUAUUUGCACAAUUUGUACACACAUAAUUUAAGACAGAAAUGAUUUAUGUGUACGCAUAUACUGUAAAAUAUUAUUGACAUAUACUAAAAACCUGAAAGCAUUCACCCUGUGCUAACCAACUGCAAAACAAUACAUAGAAACAGUAAUACAAUAGAACGUUUUUACAAACAUACAUAAGUGUACAAACAUACUGUAAAGCAGGGAAUAUUUACCCACUGUGUACAAACAUACUGUAAAGCAGGGAAUAUAUACACAUUACUGUGCAAAAUGUAUUUAAUUAUUAUGCAAGCACUGAUUUUUCUUUCUAUUAUUGCCUUACAGGUAAAAAAAAAAAAUACAUAAACAUCUCUCUUGUUUAUAAGUAUACUCUAAAAAUCAUGCAUUUCCCACGAAAAAAAACCCUGAUGCAUCCAUCAUUAACCCCUUGCUUACCAAGUCCAUUUAAAAGAAAUUACAGCAACGUUUCUAUCUCUUUGAAACAUGCGGUACGUAGUUAGAACAUUACCUUGCAGAAUACUGUUCAGAUAUACCUAAUAAAGGUGACAAUUACACCAUUUUUUACACUUUUUUCCAGAAAUAUUGAAUGAGAUGUUUGAAAACUGAAAAAAAAACUUUGGGUUAAAAAACAAACAAACAAUCACUUCAAAAUAUGAAAGAUUAGCUCAGGGUCAGACAUUUUAGCCACAUGCAGUAAGUGAGUGCGAUACAAAUUGAUCAAGAGGUCAAACAUCUUGCUUCUAACUAUUUGAAUGGAACCUGCUGGUAUGUUUGGGACUGCAACUUCCUGAACAUACCACUGUAAGAUAAAAGUAAUGUCUGUAUGUGGGCAAUAGCAAUGACACCAUUCAUAACGUGCCACUCAAAACCUGUUUGCAACUCAUUAUUGCAAAACAUGCCAGUAUGGCCUGUGCAGGCUUUAGAAUAUAGGCAUAAUGUAUAACGGAGAAAUAUGUACAAUAUUCUAGCACAUUAUCAUUUGUUUUCCUAAUGGUACACAGGUUCUCCGUCUCUUUCUUAUUCAGAAAACAUUCAUUUAAUUAUAUUAUAGUACUAAAGUCUAAAUUACACAGAACAUGGUGUCUUGGAAUACACUUCUUGUAAAACACCUGAAGGCUUACUGAACAUUAUGGGCUGCACAGUAGAGGAGCAUACCUGCUAAUCUCUUGCUAAUUAUAACAAUUUGCCCUUAUUGUGUCCAAUUUCCAGUGAUGGAACCAAGCAACUUCUUGGGCACUUCUAGGUCUGUAUGAAUUGCAGGAUGUCAGUGAUCCCCAUAGGGAAUAUACCCGCUAAAUACACACAGUGACUGCAGGGUGUUAGUGACCCCCAUAGAGAAUAUACCUCCUAUAUAUACACAGUGACUGCAGGGUGUCAGUGAUCCCCAUAGGGAAUAUACCCGCUAUAUACACAGUGACUGCAGGGUGUCAGAGAUCCCCAUAGGGAAUAUACCCACUAUAUACAGUGACUGCAGGGUGUCAGUGAUUCCCAUAGAGUAUAUACCCCCUAUAUACACACAGUGACUGCAGGGUGUCAGUGAUUCCCAUAGGAAAUAUACCCACUAUAUACACAGUGACUGCAGGGUGUUAGUGAUUCCCAUAGAGAAUAUACCCGCUAUAUACACAGUGACUGCAGGGUGUCAGUGAUCUCCAUAGGCAAUAUACCCGCUAUAUACACAGUGACUGCAGGGUUUCAGUGAUCUCCAUAGAAAAUAUACCCGCUAUAUAAACAGUGACUGCAGGGUGUCAGUGAUCCCCAUAGGGAAUAUACCCACUAUAUACACACAGUGACUGCAGGGUGUCAGUGAUCUCCAUAGGGAAUAUACCCGCUAUAUACACAGUGACUGCAGGGUGUCAGAGAUCCCCAUAGGGAAUAUACCCGCUAUAUACACAGUGACUGCAGGGUGUCAGUGAUCUCCAUAGGUAGUAUACCAAUGUCUUAUCCCUUAACAUAGAGAAUAUGGAAUGCUUGGUUUGAAUUUGUCUGCUUUGGUCAGAUCUCCAAUAUUGGAUAUUUCAAGUAAGUCCCAUUCAAUCCCCAAUUCUAUCAUCUCAACAUGACAUGUUUCUAUUCCCUGCCCACUUUAUCCCCAUAUCUCACCAACCCAAUAUGGACCUAUUCUCUACUUUUCUUUCCCAAAUGAUUGUGUACUUGAGGACCAGAAACAUGGGGUAUUGUGGAUCACAAUCCGAAAAUGCUCCAUCACCCAUUGUCCUCUCAUACCACAGCUUCAUACAAAAUAAACCGAUAGAUAUUAUGAUAUCUACGAGCACAUAUUGCUUCAUAGUGUCACAAAAACAUACGUAAAGAUUCUAUUGGAGCAAUAUUGGUGCUCUUCCAUCGUUAGGACUUGCUUUUGGCUAGCAAAGGUUCACGGGAAAUGUAGUUGACAACAACUGGACUGCCAAUGGUUAGCCAAAUUAUUGUAGGGUGGGAUAAGAAGACCAACACUAGACACAGAAAACUCUCACGUUUUGACAUUAUCUUCUAAGUCUACUGAUCCAUGGGACACCAUACCAGAACAUCAUUACUGUACACAAGCCGUCAUUUUCUUUCCUAUUGCCCAUCACGUCCACUCGUGUGUAAUACCUAUACCUUGCAAUCAGCCCCGAUAGAUUGAGUCUAAUUGACAGCAGUGUGUAAUUAAGUUAAUGAGGAGCUAAUAUUUAUAUAUAGAGAGGUGUAGUUAAUAUAUAACCUAAAGUAACACAGUCUCUUCUUCACAAUGAAUUUCUGUACAUUAACUUAUACUUUGCUUUACAGAGAUUGCUACAUAUCUAUCUAUAUACCUACACACUUACAUUCUGGAUUGGUUCAUGGCUCAGAGGAAAAGGGGUGUUUUUAUUUUUAGGGUGUGUGAGGUGCACUCGUUGAGUAAUUGUGAUGGUCAGACACACUUGACGGUAACGACCCCUUACUACCAUGUGACCAUUGACUGCCAGUUAGAUUUCCCGACUGCAAGGGGUUAAAUGACAGCUAAUAAACAUGUAUGCCCUUCAACGUGUGGCGUAAAUCCUUGGCAGAGGAAGACACGUGUGUGCCUCUUCUUAUACAUGAUUUAUAUGUGUUAUUUCUGUAGCUAUACUGCUAUCAUUCCUAUACUGUUUCCCAUGUUGUAUAGAUGAUUGUUAGUCUUUCCAAUUAAUCCUAAAGUGAGGAUGGAUGUUUUGAAUGUAACACAUCAGCCAGACACAAAUUUAUUUAGUAAGCCAAGAAUUGUGAAAAACUGAGAUGGGGAUUGUACAAUUUAGGCCAAAAUAGCUCAACUUCAAAAUUAUAUGAAUUGAAGAACAUUUCCAAAUGAGCUAUUUUGACUUAUAAUUCGCAAUGUCUUAGUUAAUCCUCCAAAAUUUCCAGUUUAGUAAAUACAUUCCAAUGUUAUCAUUAGCUGCAAGUAUAGUAAUUCUGUAUAAUAAUAAAAAAUGUAGGUUAGAUCGGCAAUAUGUAAACAUUGAGGAAGGUUUUCAACAUUAGGUAUUUUUCCUAAAUUGUGCAAUUCAUCGAUAGAUGGAUAGAUAUAGAUAGAUAGAUACAUAGAUAGAUAGAUAGAUAGAUGGAUGUAUAGAUACAUAGAUAGAUAGAUAGAUAGAUAGAUAGAUAGAUAGACAGAUAGAGAGAGAUAGAGAGAGAGAGAGAGAGAGAGAGAGAGAGAAAGAGAGUAUAGUAAUUCUAUAUAAUACAUUUUUUUUUAGGUUAGAUUGUCAAUAUAUAAACAUUGAGGAAGAUUUUUCCAAAUUAGGUAUCCUAAAUUGUGCAAUUCACCGAUAGAUAGAUAGAGAUAGAUAGAUAGAUAGAUAGAUGAUAGAUAGAUAGAUAUAUAGAUAGAUAGAUCGAUAGAGAGACAGAGAGAGAGAGAGAGAUGGAUAGAUAGAUAGAGAGAGAGAGAUAGAUAGAUAGAUGAUAGAAAGAUAGAUAGAUAGAUAGACAGAUAGAUAGAUAGAUAGAUAGAUAGAUAGAUAGAUAGAUAGUAUAGUAAUUCUGUAUAAUACAAAACAAUGUAGGUUAGAUCGGCAAUAUGUAAACAUUAAGGAGGGUUUUUCCAAAUUAGGUAUUCUUCCUAAAUUGUGCAAUUCACCGAUAGAGAGAUAGAGAUAGAUAGAUAGAUACAUAGAUAGAUAGAUUGAUUGAUUUUCUACCACUUGAUACAUUUUUUUGUUAAUACAUAAUAUAAUACAGGGCUCGUUGAUGGAACCCUGACUAAAUCCUGUGCUUCCUGUACUCCUGUAUUCAAGUAAUGUGCUUGAUCACGAGGACGUUGAAUUGACAUCUCAAUAUGCAUUAUGAUAACUCUCAGACUUCCUAUUGAAGGUCGUUCAUGGAGCUGCAGCAAUAAUGACAGUUUGACCAUUCUGUGCCUCUUUCCGAAAAGUGGUAUCUCGGCUCAGGGCCAAACAUGCAUUGAAUGUUCUCAUUUCCUUAGGCAUUCAAUCUGUUUCAACAGGAAUAGUAAACAUUAGCAGUGUAUAGAUACUCUGUGCCAUUAUAUAGAACAAUAAGAAAUGCGAGGAGGGAGGGUGAGAGAAGAAUGCUGUAGAACGUUGUGAGGAGACUGAAAAUGUCUGAAAGAGAAUGACUGAGAGAAAAGAAGGUAGGAGGACGUGUGAAAUGGGCAUAAAGAAAGAAACAAGAUUGAUGGAAUGAAUUGAGAGUAUAGAAUAAAAAGAAAAUAGCUGAAUUGGGGCCUACUCUCCACUUAUCCAGCCAUCAGGAUUAAUCAAACCCUUUGGAUGCAUAUCACAAGGUUACACUGUAUAUUACAACAAACAAGGUCUCACACAUAUUUGCUUCAGAGUGCUUUGAUGACAAUACUGAGAUUGGAUGAAGCAUUUUUACUUAGCCCAAAGCCUCUCGCUCACUCGAAAUCACUGUGAGUACGAACCAGACUUGGAGACUUGGGACAUCAUAGUGGCACUCUGCUUGUAUUGGGUUAUAUAGGAAUAUAAAAUAUAUUUUGUUAAAGGAUUCAUUUUUAAAAGGGGGUUGAAGGCUUUAGGGACAGUGAAAGUGGUUGGUAUGAAAAAUAUUUCAUAAGAUUCUAUGCUCUACCUCCUAGUCUUCCUCUUGCUCAUAAAUACUAUCAGUCAGAGUGAUUUUUAGAGAGCCCUUUGGUCUUCAUAGUUUAAAGUUAACAAGGGAAUAAACAUAAAUGAGAAAGAGGGGUGUUUUGACACAGGGCUGGUGAAAGAGAUGUAAAGAAAGUCCCCCAAGACUUUGUAUCCUUCAUGGUCUUUGGCAUCAAAAAAGCUAAUUGUAGAACAAAAAGUGCUAUUAACAUUCUUCAGAUUAGAUUGGAUUAGUUUAGUGGUAUUCACUGCUGGUGACCCAUAAGAGAAGAGUAUUAUAUCUCGUAGUUAAACACCAGGUUGAAAAUGACUCCAUCCUCCAUUCAGUUAUUGGGGACUUGGGGACUUGAUCCAAUCUGCUACACAUCAAAUAAGAAAGAUGGAGAUGCUCAUGGGACAUAUGUUGCAGGUAUCUCAAUUUAUUUGCUUGCUUGCACCCCCCAUUUUCAAAACCUAUUUCAACAAUUAUAAUGGUGUGGAACACCACUAUAAAACGAGUGCUGAGAAAACAAGAGUUCUUGCAAAUCUCAUGUCAGGAGCUUCAUUCUAAUGGCUAUCUAUGGCCAAUCAUUUCAAGCUUGUUUCUGUCUUCUAUGAAGUGCCUAACCCAUCACUGAUUCCUAAACACUUUGUAUGUCUAUAUCAGGGGAAGGCAACCUUUGGCAUUCCAGAUGUGGACUACAUUUCCCAUAAUGCUCCCAUAAUGCUUUUAAAGCCAUUAUGCUAUCAAAACAUCAGGAUAGAUAUAGUCUACAAUAUCUGGUGUACCAAAGAUUGCCUACUCUUGGUCUAUGCAAAUGUUUUAGCCAGAGCUGGGAGGAUACUGCAAAAAAACUUGAAUUUAAACCAUGUUUGAACCUUACAUGCUUUCUAAAUUUCCAUGAAAAGGUUUUCUCUUACUUUUAUGUCUGAUCGCAUACCAUUAUCCCCAAAAGAGGGGACUUAUUUUACAGAUAGCAAGAGUUGGGCUUAUUUUGUUAUAGCACAUAUAUUCAACCACAAUGGUAUUUAAUCCCUUUAAUUUAGUUUUGUUUUUUUUAAUUAUAGUGUGUUGAGGUUUUUAGUAAAUAAUGUAAUUAUUUUUUGCUUUUAAAGGUCAAAAAGCAGAUUUCCAUGAAGUAGCUUGAACGCUAGCCUCCACAGAAUGCUAGUGCAGAUGAAAAAAAAUGGUUAUAAUGAUUUUCAUAUAUUUUUAGCAGUUAUGGUUUAUAUAUUACAAGGAGUGCAUCACUUUUCUAAUCUAGGCAUGCUCUAUUUUUGUGUCGGUGUAUUUUUUACACAUGUACCGAAACACACCCACAUUCAGAUUACAUAGCAUCUUCUCAUUACACGUUGUAUGUGUGCUAAAACAACACAUUUUGAUGCUUACAAACUCGGAAUUUUUAUUUCACAGUUUUUAAAACACAAUCAACAAACAAACUAAUGGUUUUUCACAUUUUAUUUAUUUUUAUUAUUUUAAUACUAAUUUCUGCUACAUAUGUUUGCUUAUUUAUAUUUAAUCUGUGAUUGCUAUAGUCCAAAGUGUGAAUCUGUGCUUCUGCAGGGAAUUUACAAUUUCUUUGUGUUCCAUUCCUCUCAAUAAUUGCACAGCCCACCAGUGUGCUAAUCUUAGUUUGUAAUAUCCUUCUUUUAGCCCGAUGACUUCAGCUGCAUAUUAAAAUAUUUAUUUUAGUGUUUAUCCCUCACUUAGCAAUCACUUCUUUUCUUCUCCUUAACACCCAUCACAGAUACCUAAAUGGAAGAAGAAAUGAAAAAUAAUCCAUAGAGGAUUAUAUAUUGAAGGUGUAAUUGUCAGCAACAAAUUUGUCGAAACCAUAGAACAAUUUGCAGCUACUGAAGGCAAUCAGGAGGUUGAAAUUCUAAUGAAAUUAAUUAAAUUCAGUAUCAUCUUGGUAAGAUGAGCUCUCAGUUGAUUUGAAUUAUGCACAUGAUAGGACUGAAUUGUAUUCAGAAUAAUUAUUGAUCCUUCCCUGACAUAAACCUGUCUUAGAAAAAGAAAUACAUACAAACAAACAAAUAACUACAUUUAAAUAGUAUGCAGAUAUUCCAAGGACACUCUAUAUGCAGUUAGGGGCUACUGCAUUGCUUAUCUUAUUCAUUCCUCAUUCCGCAGCUAUGUGAGAGAUAUUGUUAGAGAUGUUGGCUUUGAAACUGCGCAUCAACUCCUUGCCUAAUGUGCAAUGAUGGAAUAGGGAUUAUUUCAAUAACAAUAAAAAACCAAAAACACUCCAAACACCAUAACCACUACCAGGCACUCUAGUGGUUAUGGUCCCUAGUGCCUGGUGUAGCCUAGAUCCCCUGCAUUGUAAGUAGUCAAACCAUUUUAGAACAGUUUAGCUUUUUACCUGGGUUCUGCCUGCACUGGUCCAUACUGGCACUACAUCCAACGGACAGCCGGAAACUCUCUAUCUGAGCAGGCAGCUUCCUUCUCUCUAGCAGAAGUAGUGCAGGUGACACCACUCCUGACACCAUAACCACUACAUGGUGCUUGGAGGGUUUCUUUAAUGUGGGGUCCUAAAGUCUUGCUAUUCAGUGGGAGGGCGUUCGGGCACUCAGCAUGUGGCAAGGUGGCAAUCUUCAAGUACAAGCCAUCAUUCACAUCUUUACAAUAGUUAAAAUCUGAUUAUUUUAUAUAUUUCCAUUAAAAAUUAACAAACUCACAAAAAAAAAAGAAGAAAUAAUUAUUAAAAAAAAAUCCAAAAUGAAGAAGGAAGGUCUUAUGUAUCAAACGUAUCACUAACGGAAAUUUUAACUCUAGCAAAGAAAUGUGUGCUGCCUUAUGUUGGUGAGAUUAAUGACUAGGAAGGAUUGACCCUCCUGAUGACAACACCAUACGUGGUGAGAGAAUGGACAUUGUUUCUGUAUCAACUUUGAAUAUAACUUAAAGGAACACUAUAGGGUCAGGAAUGCAAAUGUGUAUUCCUGACCCGAUAGUGUUAAAAACACUAUGUAGCUUCCCAGCACGCCCUUAACCACCUUAAAUAGGAUAAAAGUUCACCUUUAUUCCAGCGCUGCACGGGCCUGUCAGCGUUUGAAAAAAGCUGGAAUAAAGUGCAACCUCUUUGCCUGAGAUCAGCAAAAUUGACAAUCUCUGGCAAUCCAAUACUUUCCCAUGUUAAAGCAUCGGAUUGACUGAGGUUGUCAAUUCUGAUGAUCUCAGCCAAAGAGGAGGGCGGAGAAGACAAACUCCACACUGGCCAAUCAGCAUUUGAAUCAAUACAUCUCUAUGGGGAAAGUUCAGCAUGGAGAGACUGAGCGUCAGUGCUGCUUGUUGUGCACUGACCCAGGAAGCACCACUAGUGGCCAUCUGAGUGACUGCCACUGGAGGUGUCUCUGCCUGAAAAGGCAGUGUUUAAAUUAAAAAGCCUCCAGGGACUUACUAUAGACACCAUAACAAAAACAUAAAGCUGUAGUUGUCCUGGUGACUAUAGUGUGCCCUUAAAUAUGUUCAACUUUGUUACUAGCGAAUUGGUGUUGUUUAGAGUAAUAGGUACAGAUGAUCCCCCCCAGCAAACUUCUCCCACCACCUAUAUUAUAAGCUCAGUACAUACCUUUCUGGCAGUAUUAGUGACAAACCCACAGUACAGUGCCAAGGCGUUGCCCAGACCACCUGGACUUAGGUAUCCACCAGCGAAAACAUCUAAGCCCCAAUCAAUGUCCCAUAUUUGUACAUAGAUACAGUUCAUUAGCCUUCUCAUAUCCUCUCCUUUUUAUAUAUAAAAUAACCUGUAAAAUAAAACAUUUUAUUGCUGAGCAUAUUCAGAACUGGCGUAAUCUGAAUAUUUCUCUGAAUAAUUUAAAAUUAAGAAUAUCCUUUAAAAUGCUGAUUGUCAUGACUAUUGUAUGAACAAAGAACGGGCAGCUUUAACGCAGACAAUUCAGGACCACCAGAGUCAUAGCUGAAAGUAUGAUUAACUAAGCUGUUUCAGCCAAUCACCCUGCAUCCCUAGAUUCUGUUUCUCAUGAUUUUUUUUUCCCAGUGUCACCUCCUUUAGCAUAUCAAGUGGGGAAGAACACAGUGCGACAUCUGUGGAACCUACCAUGGUAGGACAGUCAGUGACCCACACAGUUUGUUAACCCCGUUACCUCCUGCGCAUGAGAUGAGGGAAGAGGAGGGAGGUGGUCCUGGGGAUAAACCAACAUCCACUUAUAUGGAUCCAACCUGACAAAUUAACAGGGUUAUUUACUGAAGUGAUAAUUAAAAGGGGUAAUUCCAUAUUUUUGGCCAGGACAGCUGCUCUAAUAGUUGACAAAUAUUUUUUGCAAUUUGGCUAUUUUGGCUUUGAAUUUGAAAUUUACUUUGAAAUGUCGUCACUCUAGUGAAUAACUUUAGUGUGUGUUUUUUUAUUUUUUAUUUUAUUUGCAUUUAUUUCUUCAUUUUGCCUGUAAUGCUUAAAUUUUCUGGCUUAUCUUUAGCAGAGACCAAACUCCUUCAAAUGUGCCUCCGAUUUCCCAGUCGUAGAGCAGUUAAUCUGGCACAUUUUUUUCUGGGAUUGUAGUCUGAAGACAAUAUGCACCAUGAUUAAUGAAGUAGGACAUCAUGGGAUUUUAAUACUUUGUUGUCCAUGGUGUGCCAGUAAUAUAAAGUCUUAAUUUUUAAGCUGUGCUACAACUAAGAUUUGUCAGCAAAAUCCAGCGUGAGUAGGAAAGGAAGAGAUUGAAAAAUAAAAC